UGUUUAUCGGCGUGUCGUGUGUGGCUCCCGUCGCCGCCGCCGCCGUCGUCGUCCCACCGAGCAGCAGCGCGUAAUAAAGAACGGCUUCUCCCAGGACGUACGGUGCCCACACCGCCCCGAGUCUUCUCGUACUCUCGUAGUCUUCAUCGUAAUCGGCCGGUGCCAACGCCGCCGUCGCGACUCGUGUGCAACAACAACCGUCAGAACACCGCGAACCGUCGUCAGAGGAACGCUAACAGCACUUAAUAAUAAUUUUAUAAUCAAUUUUUUACAAUUUUUUUUUUUUUUUUUUUACUACCGAUUGACGUUGAUCGAAGAUCAGUUUUGUUGACAUAAUAUUAAUAUCGUGAGCCCCCCCAGCGACACGCUCGUAAACCGCGGACACAGAUGCGGCGCAGCGGUAGCAACAGCUAGUACUAUCUGUAGCUGGAUGCCAACUAACGCUAAAAUCUUUGUUUUUUGCUAAUCCAAAUUACUCCUAUUUUCCUUUUAUUUAAUUGUUUUCUUCCGCGUUCCGCUCGCGCGUGAACGUUCGCGAGUGUACCGCGAAAUUCUUGCCGCAACCAUGGAUAUGGACGCCGACCGUUCCGAUCCGUUCAUGAAAUAUCUGGCCGUUGAUCGAAAUCAGCUCAACGAUCAACCUACGCAGGCAGAAUGGACCCAGAAACGUCUGGUUUGGGUGCCGCACGAGAGCCAAGGCUUCGUGUCUGCCGGCAUCAAAGGCGAACGUGGAGACGAAGUCGAGGUGGAAAUCGUGGAAACUGGCAAGCGUACACUCGUCGACAAGGAUGUCAUCCAGAAGAUGAAUCCGCCCAAGUUCGAUAAAAGCGAAGACAUGGCCGAGUUGACAUGUCUCAACGAAGCCUGCGUAUUACACAACAUCAAGGACCGUUACUAUUCUGGACUGAUAUAUGUAAGUACUUAAGCAUCUAGUGUUAAUUUGUACAUGUCCAUAGCCCUACAUGGGUACCAGUAUGAACACUUAUCUACUAAGAAGAUUAAAUUGUAUCAUUUAUAUUAUUUUUACUAUCAAAAUUACUGAGAAAUUUUUGAUAAGGUAUGCUGGUGUACAGUUCAGGGACAGUGCAUAUUUUUGAGUCUCUAAACUGUUUAAUAUUCAUAAGCAAAAGUACAGAGGUACUUAGUAGUGAAACCUACAUUAGUCACGAUAUUACUAAAUUAGUACCUAUUUUAACGGCAAAGAAUAUUGUCGAUGACAACAAUGAAUUUUUCCAAUCCUUCAACUCAAUAAUACCUAAUAUUAAUAUACCUACUCAUUUGCCCGCUUUGUUCAUAAAUGCCAUUACUACAAUUCAAUUAGGUAGUUUCAAUAAAUAUCUAUUUAUACCUGAAGCUUUUUCAAUAAGGCUUCUCUACACAUAAGUAUAUUUUUCAUAAACAACAUUCCUAAAUCAAAGUUUAGGUACCUAAUGUAUUUUUUAUUGCCAUUACUUAUCUAGACAUAUUUUAAAACUUAUACUAAUAUUAAUGAUAUUAGGUAUGUACUUCACUAGCCUAUUUGUAUGUGUGUUUAAUGACACAUUUGAUAUUUUUCAUUGAUUUACUGUUCAACAAUUUUUUUUUCAUUAAAAACUGACAGUUGGCAUUUAUCUAUUUUCAUUAAAUGAAUGAUGAUAAAUUAUUUAUGCUGAUCAAUUGAAUCAAUUUUCGUCUUGACACUGAAAUUAAUUAGGUAAAUACCUUGUUAGUUACUCUAGUGGUUUAAAUAUAACUACCUAGGUAAUAAUCAUUACAAACUUUAUUGAAGUUGUUUAUUAUAAGUUAUCGAAUAGGUACCAUUCACAUUAAUCAUAUUUUUAUAGUUGGUUGAAAAAUGUGGCCGAAAGCAUGAUUUUGUAGAUUAUAUUGUUAUUGCGCUUUACCCAAAACUGAUAAUUUAACCCAAUGUCUCUGGGUAUGCUAUACCUACUUUUAAUGUAAUUAUCGUUUAAAGUGUGUAAAAUUUUGGUUAAAAUCAAAUGCCAAAUUUGAUAAUCUAAUAUAAAAUAUAUUUUAUCAAUUUUAUAGUUGCUUACUGUUUACUAUGAACUAAGAUUAAUCCUUGGAUUAAUCUUAGUUAAUUUUAGUUUAUGAUUUUUACCUUAUAAACUGUAUUUUAGGUAUAAUUGUAUUGGGUAUCCGGGUAAAUAUGCACUUAUAAGUUAUGCAGUUAUAAAUUAAUUCAUAGUAAUGAUUACAUAUUUUUAAUCUCCAGUAUAUAAAACUGAUUUUUAUCAUAAUUAGUUAUCUAUGAAAAAAAAAACCAAGGUCUUAUCCCAAGAAUAUACAAAUUACUAUAACACCCUAACCUUAUUGCCUAUUAAUUGUCAUAUCUUUUCUUGUUUGUUUUUAUUUAUGUAUAUAAAAUCAUAAAUUGAUUUUAAAUAGGUAAUUGGUGAAAUUUAAAUAGGGUUUCUUGAAAUUGUAUAAGUCUGUUAGGAUUACAUCGGGUAUUAUCAUUUACCUAUUUAUUUAAAUUAUAAAUUACAUUAAAUCAGUUUUAAUAACUGCAAAUUAUACAUAAUAUACCUUGGCUAGUUAAACAGAUCUACUUAAUUCCUACCUAGAUAAAAAUUAGUUAAAUGUCUGGUGGUUAAGUAAGUAGCAACUGUUUUAAUGUGAAAGUUUUAGUUAAACAGUAACCAUAUUUGGCUUCAAAAUAUCAUAUAGAUAGUCAAUAGAACAAGGUUAUCUACAACCCUGCAUACAUUACUAUUUAUGGAAAUUUAAAAUUCAUCAGUUUGUUUUCAAAGUAAUCAAUAACACAUAAUGCUUGUGAUUUUUUCAGAAAGACUGUCACAUUAUAAACAAAAAUUAUACUGGGAAUUAAAUUUCAGAAAAUGUAGAGAAAUAUACUAUGUGGUCUUUGAACCUAUGACUUUAUAUGCUCCAGAAAUGAACAGUAACUAGUAACUUCUGUAGAACCACCGUCAAUAAACUCUGACACACACCCAUUUGGAUCUGUGCACAAGGAAAAAGAAAUAAUAGUGUUAUGCUUUUAUGUGUGUUGAAUAUUAAUUUUCUAUUUUCAUACAUUUCAGUCUUGUAUAAACAAUAAUAUAUUAUAGGUGUAAUCACUAAACUCUUUUUAUUGAGUAUAAUAUUCUCAUUUCGGAUAUGCGAUUAUUGAUUACUGAUUUUAAUACAAUUUCUUCCCAUAUUAAAAAAAUGGUAUAAAGUAAUUAUUAUUUAUUAAAUCUGUGUAGGUAGUAUAUCUUAGUGCCUUUAUUUAUUCCCAAAGCAUACUAGUCGAUAAGGUAUAGUGUUUUUAUAUUCAAGCUUAUUUUCUCUAUAUUAAUGCUCUGUUGGGGAGUUCAAUUUUACAAUUUAUUUCCCAUAUCUAUAUAUCUGUUAUCUGUUAUAGUUGAUAAUAUAUAUAUAUAUAUAUGUAUAUGUAUAUAUGAUAAUAUGUAUAUAUAUAUUAUUAUUAUGUAUAUUUAUAAAUACUUAUAAGUGUAUUCUCGAGUAUAUCUUUGGUUAUACCUACAUAUUCAUUUAAAAGAAGUUUAACAAUUUAAACACUCUGUCGUUAUUAUAAUAUAUUUCAUUAGGUAUGAGUCAUGGUAUGUGUAUUAAAAUGACACAAUCUGUUUUUGAAUAUGUUUUUUCUGAAUAAAAAACCAUGUAACCACUUUAUAUGUACCUACUAUUAUAAACUUUUUAAUAUCCAUUAAAUUUGUAUAAUGUAGACAUAUUAAAAUAAAUUAAUUUAAUAAAAUAAAAACUUCAAUAUUAAUUCAAAAUGACCUAAUUUUUUCAAUAAUUUGUUGUUUUUUCCUUCUUUCUUAUUACUGCAUUUAUCAAAGACGUUAUUAUACAUUUCUAUUAUUAAAUACUAAUUUAUCAAUGUAAAUAUUUUUAACUUAGUUUGUCAGUAAAUACCUAUAAUUUAAAGAGAUAAAUUUUCAUAAUAGUUAUUACAUUUUUGUAUAAUAUGCCAAAUAAAGUACCUAUUUUUUUUUCAUUUAGUAGGUACUACUAAUAUGACUAUCAAAAUAAAAAAAUAAAAAAAAAUAAAAAUACUGGACAAAUAUCUAAUUAUUAUGGUUAUCGGAGUGGUUACAUAAUUAAUUAGAUUUACUUAAUAAUAAUCUAAUUAAUAUGUUCAAGAAAAUGCUCUCAGCUUGUACAACAAUAAAACAAAUAUUAUUAAUUAAUAUCCUAUGUAAUAUUCUAUUAAAAUAGAUAAUAAAGGAAGUAGGUAAUACCCAUUUUGUGAGUUGUAUUUUAAUUUUUUUUUAUUUGUUAUUGAAGUGAAACCAAUUGAUAUUUUAAAUUAAAAUAUUUGAUAACCUGCCUAAUAUUACUUUUUUGUAGUUUUACAUUUGAAGGUACAUAUCUAAGUUAAUAUUAAAUAUUAGGGUUUGUUUCCUUUUUUUUUUUUAAUCUUAUUAAUUUCACACAUUUUCUAUAUUUGCCUACAUCUACAAAUGUUUUAAGUAAACUUUAAUAAGAUAUUUGGAGCAAUAAUGACGUAAAUGGUUAACCACUUUUGAAAAACUUAUAUAUUAUUUUAAUAAUAGAGUACAGUAGUCAUCAUAAGUGCUAUUUUUAGAUCUUUACUUUGAUAUUUUUGACUGAAACCUUCUGAUCAGAAGUAGACAUCUAGGUAGAAAAUAACAUGCCAUAUAAUAUCCUGUACCUAAUCCUAUAAUAUUCUAUAUAUAUAUAUAUAUAUAUAUAUAUAUAUACGUGUGUGUGUGUGUGUGUGUGUAUAAAUAUAACUAUAGUUUGAAUUACUUAACUAAUAUUUGUAUUAAAAAUACUAUAAAAUCCUUUUAAGAAGUAUAGAUUGUGUACGAGUGGUGUUUUUUUUUUUUUUUCAAAACUAUCUCAAGCAUUACAAAUAUUCUUAUUAAGCACUUUGGAAUGCAGACAGGUCAUAUCAGGUCAGCCUGGCAGUGUGACAUAAUCUUGUCCGGACGACUCACCCUUGUAGAAAUCUCUACCUAUACCUAGUACCUAAAAUAUAGAUAGACGGUUACACUUAUGUUUUAUUCCUUGUUUUAAUAAACUGUUACCCAUCAUCAUAUUAUUGGAGGUAUAUAACUUAUAACGUAACAAAAAUAAAUAAUUUUCAUGGUUACAUUACACUUUGACACAGAAUCAUUCACAGCAUAGGUAGGUAGGUAAGGUUGUUUUGUUUAAUAACCUAUUCUUUGUUGUUUUUUUUUUUUUUUUUUGGUUGCCGGAAUCCAUUGUCGUGUAUUACAUUAAAAAACAAUUAAAAUAUACCUAGCAGUUACUCGUCAAAAGGAAUCUAACCUACCUACUUAGAGUAGCUAUUUGAUUAAUAUUAUAAUAAUAUUAGCCGUGCGUUUUUAGUAAAAUUAUCCCUCGACACUAACAUUCGAAUACCAAGUAAUUUAUUUAGAAAAAAAAAAAAUACAUAUCGAACACAUUAAUUCUAUAAAAUAUAUUUCAGUUAAUAAUAUUAUUUGAACCAAUACGCGAUUAGUCAUAAACAUUUAGUGGAAAAAAAAUGACAGAGAAAACUCGGUGAAUUUUAUAAAAUGUACCACAUUCCUAACUAUAUUUUAAUCUAUAAUAAUAAAACAAAAUGUUUUUAAUUUUCAAUGGAAUCUCAGUGAAGUCAUAAUAAUAUGUCACUAUAUAUUAUGUUAAUUUAGAAUAAUAAUAAUAAAAAGUUAUCGUAAUUAGGACCAUUGCAACGGAAAUAAAAUUUGUAAACAAAGAUUCGUAAUAAUAUUGUUUUCAGGUUAUUAAAAAAAAAAAUAUUGGACAUUGUUUUUUAAUUUUAAAUUUUAGUGUUCGUAUAUUAUAUUGAUAACGGAAUUUGUUGAUAAUUUCGUCGUAUAAUUUAAUCACGACAUGUAUGGUGUCUGUAAAUUAAAUUUUCUCGAAUAAUAACAAUACCCAGAGUAUAUUCUAAGAAUUUUUGUCAACAACGCAAUUUUCAAAAACUCCAAAAUGUGGCAAUAUAUAUUUGUAUGCAAUAGGUACUUACAUCAUACGUGUAUGGUAUAGUGGCACGUAUAGUGGUCUAUAAUAAUACGCAUACAUAUAUUUUUAAAGUGAUUUUUAUAAGACAUGUUAAGUCCUCAGUUUUAAUUGAUAUUUGCAUCUAGCCUAACCUGUAUAUGUACUUAAUAAUUAUAAAUAAUAAAUAACAAAAUAUUUAAACUAUAUAAAGACAUUUUUAAACACGUACAGAAUAUUGAGGAUUUGGGUAAUUUAAAAAUGAUAGUUAAAUAUAUUUAAAAAAAAAAUGAGUAAUUUAUAAUAUGGUAAUCAAAAGAUAUGUGCAUCAUAUAUUUAAUUUGUUGUACUUUAUUAUUUUAAUAUUAAAGGUAGAUAAUUCAAAUAGAUAUAUAUAAUAAAUAGUUUAUAUUACGAAACGACCUUUCUACCUGAAAUUUUUCUUCAAUUUUCAUAUGCAGCAUUUUUUCUAAAAAGAAAUUUGACUGGGAUCGUUUAUUGAUUUUCUCAGAGGUUUCCAAUUUUCAUAAAAAAAAAAAAAAAUGUGAAAAAUCGUAAAUAUUACGCCUUUCAAAAUUAAUUGUUUCGUACAGAUAUACGAUCAAUUUCCUCUCUACCUUCCCAACUUCUCACCUACGACAGUAUGGCACAACCGUCGUGCGAAGUAUGUGUCCGUUAGUUUAUUAGCGAAUCGCCUAUUGGCUAUAUCACACUUUACAGUACUUAAUGCGUCAUUUUUCAACGGCACAUUACUGUUCUCAACAUCGCAACCAGUGCUCAACCUUAGAAUAUACCCUGUCCUAUACACUAUACAAUUUACCGUAAUUUCGUUUUGUGUUUUACGAUAAUUUUUUCAUACAACAAUAUUAAUCGUAGAGACGACAUAUUUCUACGGGUCGAUUAGAAAUGGAACAACGGCUUAUAAUAACACCGGGAACGAAAAACCGCCGGUACCUACGGAAAUCGUGUGUCGUAGGGUCCGCGUGUUGGUGUAACAUUUCAAUUUCAUUACGUUUCAUUGCCGCUAAUGGUUUUAUAUUGACAACAAAUUAAUAUUGGUACCGCUUCUGCCCGAUAAUAAUGCAUAACAUUAUUGUUAUAAUUUAUAACAAUAAUUAAUGUUUAUCGCGUGCACGUGGAAGUGGCCGAUGUCCGGGGAGCUAUAUCGUAAGUAAUAACGCCCCUCUAUACAGUGGCGUACCUAGGCCUUCACGGGGGAAAAUAUUAUUUGACCCACUCUUAAAUUAGAAAAUUCCUUAAAAAAGUAACGUCAUAGCUUCAACGAUAUUUUUAAUAACCGUGUCUAUUAAUAUUGGACUCUUUUAUAAUAGUAAAAUAUAGCGAAAGUAGUUUCGUAAACGAAAAGGGUCUACCUACUAGUCGCUUCCCAAUAGGCAGGUAUUAAAUGUUUAAUUGGUUCAUAAACGGUUCAACAGUUUUCAAACAUAGUACAUUAAUAUAUAGAUUUGUUUAAAAUCGUAUUUCAAUGAUAACUCUAAUAUCUCUAACUUUUUUAGACAAUAUCUAUGUACAUAUUUGGGUGGUCGUUUUUGAACCCAAUGGAAGUCAGAUAUGUUUCCAAUGGAACUAGCCAUGAGCAACGGAGCAGUCAUAAAGUUUUUAGAUGAUAAGAUAACAACGUUUGCAGACUAUUUAAUAGAUAUAUAUUAUAUUUAUCAAAGGAUUUAAUUUUCCUUCCUCAUUUGUAGGCAUAGAAAAAUUCCAGCAUUCAGCGCACAACUAAUGCAUGCAAAUCUUUUCGUAGAAAAUAUAAUAUACCGAGACUGUAAUUUUAAUACAAAGUUCAAAUAAGCCUGUAAAACACAUGACAAUUAUAAAUUAGAAACAAAAUCGAUUUCAUUUAUGUUCAAAUAAAAAGUUUUAUGAAAAUAAAAUAAUACAUUUUGAGUACAUACAAAUCUUGGAUGAUAAAUAUAAUCCUAAGCAAUGUUAUAACUAAUAAUUUUAAUAAUACUAUAUUCUUUAUUUAAAAUGUUUUACCUUAGUUUUUAAUUAUUAUUAUUAUUCAACAUUUUUGGGAGGCAACUAGUGUAUAUUAACCUUUAAAGAUGGGAGACCAUUCGUAUACAGGUACAUUUAUUUUGUAACUAGAAAUCAAUCAUAAGAGAACGGUCGAGCAGCUAAAAUGAAAUGAUAACACCCGAAACCUAGACCCAUUAAUUCCAUAUAGGUAAAAAAAAUAUUUGAAUUUCUAUGGAUUUGUUCAUGUUAUCAUAUUAUUAAUUACUUCAUUAAAAAAAUGUUUUUAAAUAAUUAUAAAAAUACUGAAAACAAAUAACAAUGCACACAUAUAAUUAUACGGCUCACAGGGGGGUGAAUGGUCCCCCUUCCUCCCAGAGGUAGGUUACUGCCGCCUCUAUAUCCGUGAGUCAUCGUUCAUUCGACACUUUUCCAACAAAUAUGCGUUUUAGUUCGGGUUUUUAGUCAUAUAUCAUGAGUAAUAAUAUUUUCUCCUUCGUCGUACAGCGUUGUUUCAGUUUACAGUUAAACAGUCGAACAUUGAUUAAAUAUCAUUUCUAUAAUAUUAUAUGUAUACACGUUAUGGUUAAUGUCCUUUAUACAUUUAUAUAUGGAAAUCAAUUGUGUACGUUUAGUUUUAAUAGGUAUAUUAGAAUGUACUAGCCUACUAUCAAACUUAAAGGUAAGAACAUUGUUCUUGCGCGUUGUUUUAUCACGAUAUUUUAAUUUUCAAGCGAUUUAUGAAUUUAUGAAGUAUUGCAAUUUAAAAAUCGUCGGAUCCGGCCUAAAAAUUAAAACAUCAUAAAACACAGACAAUAAUGUUCUUGUCUUUAAGUUUGACAAUAGGCCAAUAUACCUAUUAAAAUAACAGUAGAAAAUCGGUUCAAGUAUAACGACAUUAAUAUUUAUUGUUGUAAUAUUCGUAUUACAAUAAUUAACGUUAACUCCGUUACUUUAUUAGCUGGUAUACAAACGCGUGCUCAAAAGUGUAAUGAUUUGUUGUAACCAAUUAGUUAAAUAGUAAUAACUGGGCACUAAAGGACAAAACAAUAAUAUGAUAUAAUGUUUGCUGCCCCCGCGUGCUGGAAUCCCGGUCUAUUCCGUUUUCAAAUCAAUUCCAUUACGAAACCUAUCACCGGUGCAGGAGAACCUUGCCGAGUGUAGCAGCCGUUAUAAUAGGUAGUCGUCGAAUUGUUCAUGGAAUUUGUUGGAAAUUAUCACCGUUUAAUCGGAUUUAACGGCAAAUUCCUUUGCUCACGGUGGCAAUCAAAUAGGUCAAUUAUUAUUGCUCGUUCCUAUAAUAAUAAUAUUAGUAUUAUUUCUAUAAUACGCAAUUAAAAAUAUAUAUAUACUUCCGCAGUAUUUUAUUUUUUUCCAUUUAUAUCGUUAAGAAGCUAAUUAAAUUACAUUAAAAAAAAAAAAAAAAACCAUAUAACUAUAUGGUCAAAGGAAUUCGACACACACACGCGAGCAAUAAUACAUUUUCGAUCUACGAAAUUUUAGAAUAAAAAUUCUCUAAAACAAGAUACCUACAGGUAUACCUACACAAUACAUUUAUUUGUAUUUCUUUUUUUUUUACCCUGAGACUCAUAAUAUGUAUACGUUAUGUUCUAUACAUUUCCCAUCCUGUGAUUUUUUUUCCUAACAGAUUGCGCUCUAUACAACUGCAGCAGUGUUACAAUUGUUGUUAUUAUCAUUCGAAAUACGUUAAAAACCACCUGUUGUAAAAAACCGUUUGGCGAGGAAUUGGCGGGCAACAGGUCACCCAGGAAAAUGUUCGAUUUCCGGAACUAAGCGACGCCAAACGCAGCCGAUAUCGCGUCUUGAUAUUCUCAUCUCGGUUUUACAUUGUUUUAUUUUCUGCUUUAAAAAUUCAACCGGUUUUUGUCUUUUAUCACGUAGUUAUUUUCAGAGUUAUUUCCAUCACAGUUCCAAAGGUAUUUCGAAUCGACGGGGGGUGUCCCGCACUCUUUGUGAAAUUCAGAUAAACAAUUUGGCACGUACAUUGCAAAAUGCAUUAUUUUCAUCAACAAGAUUAGAUAAUCGUGCAUUACAAAUUUGAAUAUAUAUUAUGUAUAUAUACAUAUAAAAAAAAUCGUUUAAAACAAUAUUAAUAUUAUUAAACUUUACUUGCAAAUUGUUAUUCUCGUAUUUUCAAACGUUCUAUUAUAUGUUGUAUACUCUGUAUCUACACGAAUUUCCGAAAAUCGAGUACGAAUCCAAGGUCGUUGGUAUACGUACAGUUAAUUGUCGUUAAACUUCUUUUCGAACUAUUCUAAAUAUUUCCGUUUACACCGUUUGUGCACUGCACACGGCGGGGAAAAUAUUUUUAAUUGAAAUCUUGUUUUAGACAAGAAAGUGCCCCAAUGUUUUAUCGCAAUAUUAUGUUAUCUAAUUCACCUAUAUUAUUAUUAUUAUUUUUUUUUUUUUUUUUUGUUAUGCUUACAAGCAGAUAGGUAACUUGUAUUAGUUGCAGUGAGUUGAGUGCCCGAGUUUAACCUUGCUUUCCAAAAUUCGACUAAACGUUGGGCCUAUUGGGAUAAGGUUGUUGAAUACCAACAUAUUUACUAUAGAUAAUACAUAAAGGAUAGGAUAUGCCCAUAACAAUAAGCCUAUGACCCCAUGGGGUCGCAUGCCAGAAGCACCACAGAGUUACUGCAUUAUAGCCACAACUAUUUCCGUGGUAUCAAUUUGUUAUGAAAAUACCUGAUAAUAAUAAAUAUUUGUUUUAAUUUGAAUAAUAAUCAAUUAUAAUAUUAAUAGUUAAACAGUUCAAAUAAUAUAAAUAUACCAAAUAGCUGUAAUAAUUAGUAAAAUAUUAAUAAAUCAUAUCCAAAUCAUUUUUAUUCAUUUCAAAAAUGUGGUUUUUUUUUUCUAAUAUUGACAAUGUCAUUAUUUUUUUUUGCUUCCAUCAUUCUUAUGAUAUUUUAAAUUAUGAUUAUUUUAAAUCUUAUAAUACUUUCGUAACCAAAUAGAACCACAGUGUUACCAUUAUGGUUACCUCGGUACUUUUCAAGCACGCGAUUUUGUGUGUAAUGCCUUUUCCUUUAUGUAUAAUCUAUGAUAUUUAGGUCGAUUUGGACAAUGAAACUUGUUCAAAUGGCAGCAACGUUUUCACCCCGGUUUUCCCCGUGUUAUCACAGGAACCCAACCGAUGGGUACACGUACUGUAUCCUGGGCGUGAAUCGCGGCAGAUAAGAACUGUUGAGUUAAGAAAAUAUAUCAAUCAGAAAUAUUUAUAUACCUAGUCGAUAACGCCGAAUGUUGGAAUACGAUGAAAUAUUUUCAAACUGUCAAGUUUUGGAGUGUAUCGUUGUUUUUCGGAAGACAUUAAUAAUAAACAAACUAAAACAUAAGCUAGUUAUUCAACAAAAUAAACAUAUUAUCGUGAACAGUAUAUAUUUCGAAUUAAUUGAGUAGAAAUACAAAAAACAAAAAAAUAGUAAAUAAUGUAUUUUAUUUGUACGUACGAAGAAAGCGUCAAAGAAAUAAAUACUCCAUUCGUGUUAAACAUUUAAUAUAAUAUAUUUAUUUUCUUUCUGACUGCGGAUGUUGUUUUUAUGAAACAGGUUUUUUGUUUAUGGUGGGCAUGUAAGAAACGAUUCCGGCAUAUUAUCAUAUACUCUACUAUAUUUGAAUAAUCCAUAGGUGUAGCGGGAUAUUGGAAAUUCAACACUUCAAAAAAAAAAAAUAAAACAAGUUCGUCUUUAAUUGAUUUUUUUAAAUAGUAUAUAUUUUAUUUUAAACAUUGAAAAAAAAUAUAAUACUUUUCUCGGGAUCGUUUUUGUAUUUCUCAUAAUAAUAUCUAUUAGAUAUAUUUACGUAGAAUCUCGAAUAAUUCUCGAGAAUUAGAAUUUUCUUAAAGCCUAGUAAACUAUAUAAAGUAAUAGUUAUUUUUAGAUUCUGAGUGGAACGAGUAUUGGUUUUAUAAUAAUGUUUAUGAAGAUAAAAAAUAACGUUAUCAUUGGUAACCGUUUUUAUUUAUUUUUUGUUAUUAAGUUUUUAUUAUUUUAAUUUAAUCUUUUUUAAACAAUCAUUGUUGUAAUGGAAACUCACAUUGUUGUAAUCAUUUUACUAUAAUAUGACAUAUAUACCAUAUAUUGUAUUGUUGACAAAGCAAUACUAUCAACUGAACUUAGUUCAGAAUCGUUUUUUCGUUAGCAAUGGCUUAUCGUUGCUUAGAAAUAUACAUUAAAUUUCCGUCUGCAUCCUACCUUCCCACCUACAGUGGCUACACCUACGUGUGACGUAUGUCCGUUCUUUUUUCUUCGAAAUUUCUGAUGAACUUAAAAUUACCUACCAAUAUGCAUUUACUAUAAUGAUUAUGUUAUUAAUACUCGUCAGAAUCUGGUAUCUUUAAGACUGUAUCCCUAUAGCAGUGGUUCUCAACUCCUGGGGAAUCUUCUUACGUUAUCGUCUAUUUUCUACAACAUGUGUAUAAGCGUUAGAAAACUCUCAUCAAUUACCCUUCAGGUAUAAUUAUUUAUUCAUGUGUAUGUAAUACCCGGAAAGUAAUAAAUAAUGUAAGCAAUAUAGUAUUAUAUGGAAAAUGUUUUAUUAUAUUUUUAAAUCAAAGAAAAUAUGAAUAGUAAACGGUUAAAAAAUAAUUGUAGUGUUAUUUAUUUUAUUAAUAUUAUUACCGGUUUAUGGACUCGAUAAUUCAAGAUUACUUAUGAUUAUUACGUCGCUGUAAUAUUAUUAUUAUACUUAAAAAAAAAAGUAUAUUAAUAAAGUAUAUUGACCAUAAUAUUAUUCUAGACGUAAUAAGUUAUCACGAGUUAUGCGGUUAGGUUAAGUAUACCUAAUUCCCCGAAUUUCAAUAUCAAUAAUCAAAGUAAUGUACUUAUGUACGUAUACUUUGUUUUUUUUAGCCAUUAUUAUAUAUCUGCAAAUUUAUUAUUCUAGGUUAAAAUACAUAAUAUAUAUUUAAUAAAAUAUUGCACAUUAUAGAGGGUUACAAUUAAUGCAAUUAUUGUUUUUAUUUUUGAAUACGAUUUAUAAUAAAUAGGGUAAAUAUUUAUAUGAUUUUGCAUAUGUUUACGAGAUUGUCAAAACAAAUAGCUACAGUUUAUAACCAAAAUUCGUUUCGUGACUUAACAAUUUUAUAAAAAAAAAUUGUAUUUUGCAUAUUUUAAAAAUGUUGUACAUUUUUAAAGUGCAUAUCUGCAUACCUACAUCUGCAUGUUUAAAGGUUUUAUAAGGCAUAUAAAAUAAUAUUUGUCACAAUAAUAAUAUAUUUUGUAUUUUUUUUUUUCAGACGUAUUCCGGUCUCUUUUGCGUAGUUGUAAAUCCGUACAAAAGAUUACCAAUUUACACAGAAAACAUUAUGGAACGUUAUAAAGGCAACAAACGGCACGAAGUACCGCCGCAUGUGUUCGCGGUAACCGACACCGCAUACAGAUCUAUGUUGCAAGGUUAAUAAAAAAAUGCAUGCUAUUUAAUUUAUUCGUAUUUUUUUUUUUUUAUCGCUAUUUGAUUUUUCUUUUUUUGUGUGCAUUUUAGAUCGAGAAGAUCAGUCGAUAUUGUGUACUGGAGAGUCGGGUGCCGGAAAAACGGAAAACACGAAAAAAGUCAUUCAAUACUUGGCUUACGUCGCCGCGUCCAAACCCAAAGGAGUGAUUCAACAUGCCGUGAGUAAUCUCGGUCAUAUUAAUCGUUUAAACUUCAUUUGUUUAUUUUCCCAUGUAUACGAACAAUCGACUUUUACCCGUUUUUUUUUUUUAUCGUUGAUCCAUAUAAGUAUAUAUAAUAUUGGUAAUAAACGAUUAAAUCAAAUAAAGUACUACCUAUUUUUAAUUUUUAUUAUUAUUAUUUUUUUUUACGAAAACCAAUAAAAUCAUGUUAUACUUAUCUAAAAUAAUAUAAUCAUUUAGUAUAGUAUACUAUUAUUGAUUAUAAAAUUACAAACUAAGCGUAUAAAUAAAUAUGAAAUCUGAAAGAAACCGUCGUUUUGUACGUUGUUGACAAGUUUUUUGUUUUUUUCUAAGGGACAUUUUUACAUCUUCGCAACCAAUCAGUAGCAUAUUCAGAGGGGUAGGAGAUUAUAACUUCCCCCUUCGAUACUUAUUAUUAGGGGCAUAGCCAUUUUCCGCCAAAAUCUAUUUUGUAAAGAGACGUUCCACUAAAUAUUGUUUGGGAAUCAUAUACCUAAAGUAAUACCAAUUAAUAAUAGUAUAAUUCGUUCCUGUCAAUAAGUCAAUAAUAUAAAACAAUUAAAUUAGUUUUAAAAAAAAAAAAUCAUAUUAUAUACAUUAUAUUUAAAUAUUUUAAAAAGUCAUAGUAAAACAAUAGAUACCUAAUAAAUAUUAAGUAAUAAUAUUAAUAAAUCGUUCGGUAUAGUAAUAAUAAUAUAAAUCAUUACAGUCAAUAAUUAUAAUUAAAUGAGAUCGUUUUAACAAAAGUGUAUAUACUCAUUUCAUUAGAUUUUUUUGUAUUUUCGAUUCCUCGGUAGUUUUUAAUCUAUUAUAUAUAUAUAUUUUUUUUUUUAUUUUUUUUGAUCAUUGCAAUAUUUUUUAAAUUAUCGAUUAAAUGAUAUUAAUUUUGUACAAUAGAUUGCAUUAAACUAGAGGUUAUCUGUACUAAUUACCCCAUUAGGGUGUUAAAUAAAAUAAAAUAAUUGUUAUACAUUAUACUAAUAAAAAUUGAAAUCAUUGGUUUCCAAAGUUUUUGGCGGAGUAGGGCUGUGACAGAAACGGGCUAAUAUUGUUUGGCGAAAACGAAAAUUAGCCACAAUCCCCUCUCACGAAUUUAGAAAUUUAGAUUAUUGUUAGUCAGCACUAUACAACCAUAAUAAUUUGUUAAUUUUAAAUUCGGUAAACAACAAUUUCUUGUUUUUUGUGUUUUAUUACGUGAUUAUUGUUAUCGACAAAUUUAUUACUUAUGAAAACACAAAAUGGAAAAUAAUAGGUAUAGGUAAAACAUUUGAUCGGUAUUUAAGAUCAUUUGUUGUCUACGCGCGUCUUACACAAAUGUGUGACUUAGAAAAUUUGCGUUCAGCAGAACCAAUUUUAGGCCAUUCGUUUUUAAUAUUAGAGGGAAUUGACCUAUUAUCAAAUUUAAAGGCAAGACUUUAAUCUGUGUUUGUAUCCAUUUUAUUUCGUUAAUUUAAUUUUAAGCGAGAUAUGAGUGUGAAAUAUCACAAUUAUUUUAAAAUGCUAAUAUCUACGCGUACGCAAACUAAUACUAGUAUGAUAAUAUUCUACCUUUGAUAAUGGGUCAAUUCAUUCUAAUGUUAAAUCUACAUGCACAAGAUUGGUUCUGCUGAAUGCAAAUUUUUGUUGUCGUGCGUUUGUAAGAUAGAGAUAACAAAUGCAUGUGUAGCCCUGCAGACGUUUAUGACCGAAUACGAAUAUAUACGUAUAAAUGUUUCAAAUUGGCGGCGUAGUCGUACUAGUAAAAAUAAUAAUAAUGUGUGUUGUAGAUUUUGUGUGUACUUUUAUUAGCAAUGCACUGACUGUAGGUUUGAAAAAAAAAAACGAAGGCGUAAUGCGAUGUUGUUGUUGAUUUAACUUUUUUUUUGUAAAACCACUCCCCGCUUCUAUAUUAGGCUCUUGGAUUUUAUAAAUAUCCACCUAACAGAUAAUAUCUGUAGUAAAAAGUGUAUAAUAAUUAUUUGUAUGUAUAGAUAACCUGGUAACCCAUACCACCAUGAUAUUUAAUCCGGUGCAAAUGCAAUGUUUCUAUUAUACGAUUUGACGUGUUUUACUAUUUGUGUUUUUUAUUUUAUUUGUUGUACCUUUUGAACGCCCUUUUUUACCGGAAUCUUGGUCCAUGCGAAAAAUUACAUAGGAACUUAAUCGUAGUGACUUGUCUAGUCUGUGAGUGGAGGAAGUCAUUUUUGUUUUAUUUUCUUAAAGUUUCUUAACAAAAAUAGAAGAGUACUCGAUAGCUCGGUUAUUUUUAUAAUUUUCGUUUGUUUAUUUAUUUAUUUUUUCUGUAAUUUAGUUAACGAUAUAUUCGUUGAAAUCUGAAUUUUCACCGAAUGUCUACUUACAUCAGCUCUUUCUGGGCAUGAUAAAUUUCCUAUUAUUCUAUCGAUUUUUAAAUUAUUAUUGUAUCCUUUUGCCAGUUUUGCAUCUGUUUUAGUUUUGAUUUGAAUUUGUGUGUAUCUAUAUAUUUUUUGGCGCCUCUAAAAUGAAUAAUAAAAUAUGAUACAUUUAUCAUCGUACUUUGUGUUCGUAUGGCUCUAUAAAAAUAAUGAAAAUCCUUAGUCGCUAGUUUUUUGUUAUUAGCGUUUGUUUUUAUGGGUGCCGCCCGACUGUCUUCGCGUACCAUUCGGUAAAUUAUCUGCUAAUUGUAAUUAAAACUACAGAUUAUAUCAUGCUUUUUAUCCAAAUUUUGUUCAGAAUUGUUUUUUGUUACCAAUGAUUGUUGUGCAGGUAAAAAUUAAAUUACUCUAUAUUUACAUUUAUCUUACCGGCUUCACGCCGAUUUUUUUUUUUUUUACAGUAUGUUUUAUUCAUUAAACUAAAUCGCGAUCGUCUUAUUGCAGUACGAAGCGUGUGCAAAACACGACUACUACAUAAUUUUUUUAUAUAAAGUUAUAUGUAUAAAACGCAUAAUAUAUUAUUAUAAUAAAUAUCGCGUAAAAAUUCCAUUUUAACUUCUUCUGUACGGGGUUUACGUGUGAAAGCUAUACGAACAGCGAUGAAAACCUGCAGAGCUGUAGACCGGCGGAGUUGACCUCCUCGCAAUAUUUUUCCAUAUUUGUAUAAAUAAUACGCGGCUGUAUACACGCGUUUCCUAUGUACGUUUUAGUUGAGUAUAAUAUUAUAGUGAUUUGUACUCAGCUCUAUUAGUAAUAAUAUAUUAUAUCAAUGGACGAACUCUAUGUAUAAUACAGGGUGAACCAGCGAUUUUCUCGGGAGAAUUUUUAGCGAAUUUGAUUUCUUUUUUUUAUUGUUUAUAUUUUUAAUCCUGUGAAGAAAGGCUAAGUCAAUUUUCAGAAUUUUUUUAUUUCUAUGUCGUUUGUUUCUCUUUAUUUUUUCUACUAAAUGGAAGCGUAUGCAUAAUUGUGUAUUCUAACGCAUGUAUGUAUUGCCAAUUAAAACAUCUUAAGGCAUUGUGAUAUAUUUUGUUUUACUUAACCGAGAAGGCCUUAUGACCUAUUAGGAUACUUCGUAUUUAUGAUGAUUGGACGAUUUAGCCAUUUAGCAAUUCUCGAAAUUUCAUUUUCUCGUUUUGAAAACUAUACGAAAUUGCCUUCGUCCCUGGUACCUAAAAUAUUAUAGAAUUGUUUAAAUCUAUUCUAAAAUAAAGACCCCUGUCCAUCUUAAUCCUAAAUUCGUAUAGACAAUAACUCUAUAAUAUCAGAUUUACUGUUUAUGUGAGUUAUACCAGUUAAAAGUUUAGACCGGAGCAGUAGGUUAAAUCGUUGGUACAUGAAAAAUGUAUUACCCUAUAUAUAUAAUACAUACUUGACACUUUACGCGCGAUGAUUGACGCUCAUCGUACCUGUAUACGAGUAUUGUUUGUCUCGUAAGUAAAGUCGUUUUGUCGUACGAUACCUACCUGUAUUUUUGCUCGUUGAAUAUUAAAUAUUUGCCUUAAAUAGCCGUGUAGUCGUGUCUCGUGUCGUGUGCGCACGAAUCACUCGGCUGCUGCUGCUGCUGCUGCUGCAAAAAAAAACCACCACGCACGGUGAAAGCUAUUAGAGCUGUACAUAUAUCUAAUCUAUCUAUAUAUUUUAUCGGCCCGAACAAUAUAUUAUGAUUAUAAUAUAAGUACGAUAAAUCUGUCCUUAUUUUGCGUCGCAAAAUAAUGCUGGAACGAGAAACCGUCGUCAUCGUUAUUGUUACACGUUGCUAAAUACAUCAUAAUAAAUCCGUGGACGGGCCUAAAAGACUAUAUAAAAUAAUAUUCAUGUCUAGUCUGUAUACAUUAUUAUAGACAAUAAAAACACGGACGGGACGCGCAAAUAUAUUAUAAUCAUUCCACACGUUAAAUAAAACUCGGUCGAUUGUUAUAUUUCACUCUGUAUACAAGUUUGUUGUUAAAAUGCCUUUGUGGUGUUUCAAUAUGUGGUGCGGUGUCUUUUUAAUAAUAGAUUGGUGUUCGAUUCCAUCGAUGGCAGUAAAUUUUUUUUGAGAUUUAGUGUUAUAACUUUUUUUUUUUUUGUAUUUUUCCCUUUUCUUUAUUUCUGCUGAAACCCAUCGUGAAUUGUUUAUUGGUAUUAAGUUUUUUAGGAUUUUUAAUUUUCUUAGAUCGGUAUCAGUUUUUGAUAAACACGUAGGUGAGGUUUUCGUAGCGAACAAGGAAUCGGAGAUAACGCACUUAUUUGUUGAUACAUACAUUAUCUUGGGUGCAUCAUAACGAGUAACAUCACAUCGCGAAUGGGGCAUAUCAGCUUAUUAGUGAAGACUGUAUUUUAUUAUAGUCACCUCCACAAUUUUCGUAUAUACGGCUUACUGAUAACAAGCUUGUUAUCUGCAAUUUAAGACCGCGAAAAUAUAGUAUCCGUUCGGUCAGUGACUCAGUUAGAAUUUAAAAUGAGGGGGCACAGCUAUUAAAAAUAACUCAAUUAUAAACAAAUUAUUAUUUUGUCCAUUUCGAUAGCUGGAGGUAUCAUAAAACUUUUUCAGCAGAAUUUAUCGAUUAUUUCUUUUUCAAUGAUGUAUUUUUAGAUUUGUUAAUAUUCACUAACGCUAGUCUAUUAAUAGCCUCUAUUUAGAUGUUAGCCGUAGAUAAUUUUUCAAUAUUUUUAGAGUGGAUAAUGUACGCUCUGGCGUAAAGAAUCAGGUAAAUUCACAAAUAAUAAAUUGAAGUAGUAAUUUUUUUAUAUUUGAGUAUCUCAUCAAUUCUCAAAAUAUUUAAUUAUUUAAGACUUAGAUUUUAGUUUUGUUGUAUAAACUUAAAAAUGCUUAUACGUAUAAUAUGGUCCCUCAGGGACAUAAUUGCUCCCUCAGACCCCAUCCCUCUCCGUGGGUUCGUCACUGACCUCGGCUGUCUAGAUGUCCCGUCUUGGUCUUAAUGUCUUUAUAUUAUCUAUUAUAUUACGAGUUUAUGCUGGUAACUUUUUAACGUCGUCUAUAUAGUUGUCAACUGUCGAGUAAUUAGCAGUUGUUUCCAAUUUAGGCGGUUUCCGUCGAACGGUUAAUUAUUAAUUUUCCCCGAUUCCGCGCGGCGACCUUACACGCCGAUUUUAUUAAUGUACCCAAAUAUUCUGUCGUUUGAUUUUCGAAACUCCUAUAUUAGGACACUAUACGUAAAUAAUUAUAAUAUAAUAACGGUCUAUUUUCGUAAAUAAUUUAUUGUAUAUUCUAAAAUAUUACGUAGGUGUUAGUAUUCGUAUCGUAUUAUUAGGUAGAAUGAUUUUAUCAACGUGAUGAUGGAAACAAAAUGUAAUAUAUUGGUGACUUGCGGUCAAUGAUAUUAUUAUGGUAUAAUAACGACAUACGACAUAAUAUAUUAUACAAAUGUUUUAAAUGUUUACAGUGAAAGUAAUUUAGAGAUUUAUCGAUGAACUCCCGUGCAGCAGCACUAGGUACAAGGAUGAUGUUGACGUUUUUUUUUUUUUUUUGCUACCUUAUUUGGCGCCUAACCGAUCUAUGUGCACCGCGUUUAGUGUAUUACAGUCCCCAUAUGGUCACAAUUUUUCCUUUUCUCGUAUAAAAUCGUGUCAUGUGCAAAUAGUAAAUUUAAUACACACUCAUUAUAUUAUAUAAGACGUCCGCGCGCACGCGGUUACCGAAAUUCACAUACGGUCGAUGAUAAUAAUAUCGUUUUGUCUUUUUUAGGGCAUACGAAUGGGCCGCGUUUACUUAUUAAACUAACCGUAUGUAUAUUUACCAUAAUUGCCCCGUUGGUCUACGUAUUAUAUACUUGCAUUUAUUAUAAUAUCAUUCAUACUCUGUCGUUAAAUGAAAGGCGCCAUAAUUUAGUCGGAAUUAACUAACGUCACCAUGCGUCAUAUUGUAUAUUAUAUUUGGUAGUAAGCAUUAAAAAGAAAGCAUACUUAUUAUUAUCUCGUAACUCAUUUGAGGUUUUAAUUUGUAUACGUGCAUGUGCACUGUCUUGUAAAUAACAAAAUGUCCGAUCGAUUUAACUAUUAUUAUUAAAUUAAGCAGAGGCCUCUACGCGCUACGCCUAAAUUUGUUUUCUCUGCAUUCUGUCUCUCGCGUAUAAUAUAACAUCAAUCAACAAAAGCAUUCCGUGAUUGCAAAUCUCUGUAGUUUAAGUUUUUGGGCAAAGGGAUUUAUAUAUAUAUAUAUAUUUUAUAAAAAAUAGUGUUUACUGUUUAAACAUUGGCCGAAUGAUUUUUAUUUUUAAUCGAGAUAUAUGCGUGGUUUAAUAAUUUCUCUUCGUUUUAACCGAAUUUUUAAAAAUAAUGAAAAUAAUUAACAAACUAUUCGGUCAAGGCAUAAUUGUACUUUUUUUUUUUUUUUUUUUUUUCCUAUCGAAAAUGUCUACAAUUUACAUUUAAAUAAUAGUUUUCUUUGUCCUAAAUUCAACUAGUGAUUCGCAAUCGCACAAUGUCUUUGUUUGUUGCUUUACAACGCACGAGACGGCCAGAGAAAAUAAAUGUCGGUCGAGAGGCCCUCGAACGAAACACUUUAGAUUCGAUAUUAUAAUCUCUCUGAGUCAUCGGGUUUUGGUCAUUUCCGUGUUGAAUAUUCUACAAAAUAUCCUUCCUAAUAAUAUUAUUUUUAGUAGCAAACAUUAAUUAGUUUUAAAUACCAUUGGAUUUUUUUUAAGGAGUGGUAUAGAAUUCGUUCUCAUUCAUUGAUUUUGGAAUUUGGUGUAAGUGUUUGAAAGUUAAUCUUGUUUAAAUAACAUUUUUGGAGUGAAUCUAACGAUUUAAAUGUUUUAUUUUUAGUUAUUUCCGCUUUUCAGAAAAUAUGAACCGAAAAGGUUUACUAAAUAAUCGCUCUUGAGUAACUUUUUAUUUUCAACAUAGUUUUCUACUUCAAAAGAGUCACCGUGUAUGUACGUUUAUAUUAGUUGACAUAAUAUUCACACGGAAUUAUUAUAAUAUUUGAAUUAACAAUAAUGUUAAUUCAAUACGUUGCACUUAUUUCGGAAAUGUACAAAUUACACCAGACGUUUCCAGCGGCUGAAAUAUACAGUUAUUAAGUGAUCAACUAUAUUGCUGCUAUUAUAGAAUAAUAUGGCGUUUAAUAUAAUGUAUUUUAUACACGGAUCGUUUGUUCAUUUUAAAUAAAGUAUUGUACAAUAUAAUGGCUCUGAAUAUUAUAAUAUAAUACUUAUAUAGCUCGUUUAUUAUUUAACGAGUUGACUAAUAUAAAAAAAUACCAUUAUAUUAUCAGUUGCGUAUGUAGGAUUUCUCAUUAGUAGAGGGAGAGGCCAAUGAUUCCAAAAAUUAUUGUUUGUCUGUUAAUUUCUUUAAUUACGUUUAAACAUAUACUACACAACUUGAAACAAAUAAUGAAAAUUAACUACAUUCGCUAUAAAGUAUAAACAUUAAACAAUUAUGAUACAAAUUCCCGAGAAACAUAUUUUUAAGUUUUUUUUUUUUUAAAUUUAAUAUAAAUCGUCAUUAGUGUUAAUACCUACGCAAAAUUAAUUAUUGCAUUUUUUUGUCGGCGGUUUAGUUACUCGAUUUCUAUUCAGGGUUUACCUAUUGAUAUGAUUCGCGUUGAAUUAAUUAGAUCGCUUGUUCGUUUCCAAAGUUUUCAGAUGAUACUUUUAUACAUUUUAUAUUCGAAGCAUAGCGACGAAUCUAUUGGUUUUACUAUGAUGUGUGUUUUGUAUUUUUUUUCUGUCUGGACAAUUUUUCUACCAGAAAACUUGCUCCGAAGUAUAGACUAUACCUUUUAUGAAAGGCAAUGUUCUCUAGUUGGUGUAUUUGAGAUUAUUUUUUGAUUUUCCAAGGGAUUUUCGAAAUAAUUGGGAAAACUUAAAGAAAAUUAUAUGUAAAACGGCAAAUAUUUACGGCGCGCCGUGACAUUACCGUUUUCAUUGUGUUAAGUUUUCUACCAGAAAAUGACAAGAGAUCGAUUUUGUUCCUAUUAAAUGUUGCUAGUUAAUCGUUUUUUGGUAUCUUAAGUAUUUUUCAUAAUAAUUUGAAAAAAUCUUAAAAGACGAAAUAUAUUAUUUUUUUCAAAUUACAGCACAACAAUUUCUUUAUUUUAAAUUUUUACGGCUUAUAUCUUGUACUAUACAUUUUUCUCCAAUAUAUAAACGACAUGAAACCUUUUUUGUUGCAUUUUUAAUCUAGUUGAUGCCCAAGUAUGUCGUUUUUUUGCUUUUCCUUUUAUUUAACCGAAAAAUACGUAGAAAGAACAAGAAAAUUUACGAAAAUAAUUAUUUUAUUAUUUUAAAUUUUUGUUUUUGAAAAUUUGAUAGGAGGCUCAUUAUAAGUUGUCAAAAAAAAAAAACUGCAUAAAAACUAUUUUAAAGUUCAGAGUAUUAUAAAAGUUAAAAUCAAAUUUUGACUAAAAUCUUAAAUAUUAUGGCCUUUCAAAUCAUGUACAACCGAAUUCAGCUCCGAAUCGUUUUUUCUUAUCAAUAGUUUAUCAUUGAUUACAAGUAUAAAAGUUCUUCUCAUUUUAAAACUAUUUUUAUAAUAUUUUUUUUUCAAUAAAUUACUUUAUUUUAAUUUUAAGAAACUAUUUUAUAUUCUAGUUAGGUAUUUAUCUGUGAACGGAACAACAUCUUGUUCUCCGUAGUCAAAAUUUUCGUAACAGUUGGUUAGUUUUCUCAAUAUUCGGACCAUAUAUGGAGCUAGUGAAACAUUGAAUUUCAAAGAACUGUUUUUGUGCUUGUAUACUAUAUGUAUGUGUUUGUGUGAAAUAGACCGUAGCGGUAAAGAACGCAUUUGGUGUUUUUUUUUUAAAAAAUAAUCUAUUUGUUUAACAAACGAAUGAUGGUUUUGUUUUUAUUUAAAAUAUAAUUUCGUGGUAUUGGUAAUUGUGAUGUAUAUCGAAAUUAAAAUCGGUAUUUGAUAUAUCUAAAAUGAGACCAUAAUAUACUUGUUUAACGAGUGUCACAAUAAUAAAUUUAGAAAUUUGCCAUUUUUUUUCGCAUAUGAGUAAUUAUGAUUUCCAAUUUAAUCGUCUUAAAAAAUACUAAUUAUUGCUCUUCUUCUCUGGUUUUUAAUAACUGUGCGAGUUUCUUCCGUUAUCUAUAUUCCCCCCUCCCCCCGUUUUAUAUACAAAUAUAAAAAUGGACCAAUCGCGUACCUCUACAUUUUCCAAAUCAAUUUUUUCACAUUUAAUUGCCCUUUUUGGUGUUUCCUUUGGUGUAUCUUUUUUCCCGCCUCAAAUUCGUAGUCGUGUUUUAAAUAGCGUUUUUAUAAUUUUUGCGUAUUACGUGUUUGAACUAUUACAAUAUUUGCUGUAACCUGCUUUAAGCGUUUAUAAAGCUGGGGAACCAUGUUUCUCCUAAAAUAUUUCUAAUUGAAUUUCCUUCUCAUAAUAAUAUUAUUGUCGGUGAAAUUAUUUUACUACUGACAAGUAUUUUCAGAUUCUGAGUUUAGCAAAGGAGCCAUUCGUACUUUUACUAAGUAUGUAUGUGUUUUUUCUCGGGUAACACUUUUUUGCUAAUUAAAAAUGUUCGGAUUUUUUCAUGUCGUACUUUUAAAGAUGUGGAUGUUUUACCUGGCACUUUAUCUUAACAAUUUUUAAACAUUUUUCCUCGUCUUGGUCGUUUUUAUUGUUUUUUAAUUUUUGUUGUUUUCUGGGGAAUCUCGGGAACAACGAUAAAAACACUAAAGUAACUACUCCGUUCAAAAUAAUUUAAUACAAACAACGAUUAAUAACUUAAUAUAUCAUUGCUUACAGUUUGUAAAUUAAAUUACCUUGUACAUCAUCCCUUCCCAACUACCCACUUGUACAACAGUGACCCAUGUUUAUCAGUAUCAAUUUUUUUUACAUCGUGUUUAAUUUCUGAUCGACACAGUAUAUAAUAAUUCACUAAAAUUUAUUUAAUUUUUAUACAUUAUUUUAGGCAUAAUAUUAUAUACGAAGAAAAUGUAAAAGCCGAUCGAUAAACCUAUUAUGCUAUACAAUGUAGACGUUAUUAUUUUUGUCGGGCGGUAUUAGGAUUCCAAAGUUUCAUUUAUAAGCUACGAGUUGUAGUCAUAAACUCAUAAAUAAAGUAUAAAAUAUUACGAUAAAUAGUAAAAAAAAAUUUAAAAAAAAAAAAAAACAACCGAAACUAAGGCCUUCGUUAUCAUUUUUAUUAUAGAAACACGACAGCCACGACGCGUGCAGUUAUUUUUUUUUAUGUGUAUCUAUUUAUACAGUAUAGAAGUAUAGACAGGCGCACUGUCAAUAAAUCAUGUAUAUAGAGUGUUUAACAAAUAUUAAAAUAAUAAUAAAAGCAAUAGAGUUUUUCUUUCCUUCUGCGGUGGUGUUGUCGGUUUUUUUUCUUUCGUGUUUCCUAACAGUUUUAAUAAUAAAAAAAAAUAUAUUCGCCGACGUUGAUAUAUAUAUGUAUACAGUGUGUUUCGCUCAAAUUGACUUUGAAAAUUGUCCAUGAUAAGUAAAUCUAAAGUAUAAAUCUAUCUAUCUAUACAUUUGAUUAAAAUAUAUGAUUUUUUUUAUUCCGUUUUUCAACAAAAUUUCAAACGGUGACUGAAAGCUAAAUAUUUUGACUGAGAUUUUUAAUUAAAACUAAUCUUAAAAUUACACGUACGUGUUAUAAAAUAAACCGAUACAAACCAGAGUAUCGAAGUAGUCCAAGAUUUCAAUUUUCGCCAAUUGGACUGAAAAUUAAUGAAAACUUUCUUUAGAUUCAAACUAAUUGUUCAGUAAAAACCGUAUUCUAAAAUUCUUAAUCAUAUGAAAUAUAUAGUGCAUACGGACAGGCAAACACGGGCAAACUCACAAUAUUUUACGACGUUCACGUUACUUAAUAACAUAAUCACAAUAAGUUUUCAAUUUUGUUGAAAAAUCAAGUAUAAAUCAAAAUGUUCAAUUGAAUUUAGGACGGACGAUGCUUAAAUUAUCUCUAGUUUUUUUUUUGUUUAGAAAAUAUUAUAAUUGAUUAAAGUAACUCGAAAAAAAAAUAAGGUUAUUUGAAUCCGAUGCUUAAAGCUGCAGAUAUUUCCAUCUAAGAAAACGCCAGGAUAAAAAUCGGCUUAAAAUGCGCACUAUGCGUACAUCUUCGCCUUCCUAGAAAAAAACCCUUCAUUUCGUUCCAAGUCCAUUCGGAUAAAAUAUUUCGUGUUAUUGUUUCGGUGUAGAACCACACUGUAGAACUCUUUUUUUUUUUUAUCGGUCGUAUACAAUAAUAUACGGCCUUCUGUCGUGUGAGCGUUUUUUAAACAUUUUUUUCGCUAUCUGUUAUGCAUUGAGACGACGUCGUCGUCGUGUAAUACUAAUAAUAAUCAUAUGUGCCCCGUCAAAUACCUAUAGGAGGUGUAUACUUAUAAUAGCUGUCCUAUUAUGGAAUUAUUAACAGCGCGGCGGCGUGUACAAAUCAUUCCUAAAACAAACGGCCAUAAACAAUACUUAAAAAACUACACGUACCUAUACUCGCUUAUAUUUGAUAAUAUUUUCCCCGCCCCCGGUCGAUUCAAAAGUGGUCCAAAAACGCGUGUUACCUUAAAUAGACUAUACCUAGCUAUAGGUAAGCUCCUCUAGCUCCGCUUCUCUUAUCACAUACACACACACACACACACACACAUGACGUCCGUGAGAAACAAUUAAUUUUAUCCGAACGGCCUCGCGAAUGGCGAUUUCAAAAAAAAAAAAAAAUCAUCGUGUACCUAUCUGUAUAGUUUUUUCUUUUACCGCGCGUGUGUGAUCGGUUUGACAUUUUUCCCUCUCAUUUCUUUGUACAAUAAUCAUAUCGGUCCGAACAAUUACUUAUGUAUUUUUAUUAUCGGCAUCGCUUUCAAUGACUCAUAAUAAAUAAUAUGUACCUACCGGUUGUUUGUUAUAAUAUUAUAGUCGUAACUCUAUAGCUACAGUAGGUUUCCCGAACGAUUUCUAAAACCAUAAGUCUGAUCCGAUAGUAUAGAAAAUUUACCUGCUUGCAAAAUUCGUCUAUGUAACUUAUGUUGAGACGGUAAACAAUUAUGAAUUUGAAUUGUUUUUUUUUUUCAAUUAAAAUUCUUUUUAAGCCGAUCGCCAUUCAUACAAAUUGAUAUUUUCUUAAAUCUCAUAUUAAAAAAAACCUUAAUAACGUCUUCUUCUUAACUACCGAACUAUAUUUCGGUUCUUAAAAAUGCUCCAAAUUUUUCACAUUGUAUAUCCAUACUAAAAGAUGAUUUAUCGUCUGGGGGUACUUUAUUUAAAAAUAAUUUUCCAGAUUCACUUCAAUUUUAAAAUGACGGUAUGUCUGGGCAUACCUAGGUACUUAUAAGUACCUAGUUUUUUUUUAUGAUUUAUGGAAUUAACUUGGCUAUAAAAUGGGAAAAAACACAACAAAUAUAAUAUUAAAACCUUACUGGUAUAUAAAGUGAAUUACCAUUAUCCUAUAUCCUCCAAACUUGUUUCCAACCAACAACAGUGGGGCCUGUGCGUGUGUGUGUCAGGUUGUUUUUUUUCAAUUGAGCACAAUAAUUAUUCUCGUUUACUAACAGUAUAAUUAUAGGGUCAUUUUUACGGGUACGACAAUAAUGUUCGAAUUUUUUUUUCCUUCAAAUAAAUACCCAUUGUGAAAUUUAUCGAUUCGAGUGUGUGUGCGUAUCUAUCGAUUAGAAAGAAUGAUUUUAUUUUAUCUUUAGUGCACAAGUUUGCUAAUUAUUAUUUUAAUAUACAAUAAAUACGUGGCGUUGAGCUUGUAUAAAAUUAAUUUAAAUUUUUCAAUUAAUUUUGACCUUGAAUUAACUAAUCGUGUAAAUUUCCCGAAUAUCGAGAGUAAAUAUUAAAAUAUCGUCGUCGGGCACAUUUUCGCAGUGUUGCCGUUUGGCAUUCUUUUAAUUAUUUGCGUCACGGUUUGUUUAAAAUACACAGUUGUGUAGUUUGAUUACCCCACCGGACACAUACGUCACCGCCUCUCCGUAAUAUUUCAAAUACCCAUUGAUUUUUUUCACGAUGGAUUUCAUUAUAGUAUACACGAAAUAUAUUUUUUAUAUAUAUAUACUACCUGUUUUAGAUAAUAUAUCGUCCGUGAUGGGAGUUGCGAGGUAGGGUAAUAUUACCCCUUCCCCUUUGGUUUUUAAUUUAUCAACGAAGUUAAUCAAUCUGUGGCAAAAUCACGGGACUGUUGAGACGUGUCUAUAACUUUUAGUUCAUUUUUGUCUUACUGUAUAUAAUAAGGAUGUAUUAGAGUUAGGAGUAUUUUAAUUAUAAAAUCGUUAUUUAUUUUUAAAUUAUCUUUGCCCUUCCCAGUGCAUCCUGGAAAAACGUCUGCGAAAAUCCGAUGAUAUCGAACAUGGUGUUGGAUGGAAAGUACUAUACUGUCCGAAUUUCCUUAUAGCAUAUGGUCAGUUUUGCCUCCGUAUGCCUAAUAAAGCAAAAAAAAAAAAAUCAUUGAUCACAACCUCAAAUAUUCCAAUAUUGCUUCAUCCCAGGGUUCUCAGACAACUCCAUUCGGUUGUUCAUGUCAGGAUUUAAUAGAAAAUAACCCUCGAUUUGAUAUGAAUAACCGUGUCGGGGGAAGAUCACAGGGAAUAAAUUAUAUCAGAUUUAUGGAUUUUUGCAUUUAUUAUAACACGGAAGUAAAACUGUCCGCGAGCUCCGGACCAGAUUAUAAGAGGAGAACGUCGUCGAGAAUUUAUUUCUCGUAUAUGGAAAUUUAUUAGUUAAUUUUUUUUUUUAAUUUUUCGGGUCUCCCUGUACACGGCAAUCCGUGCUUACAAUAUAUAAGAUGAUGUUUUUCUACGCGAGCCGAGUCGUUUUUAUUUUUUCUCUAGCGUCGUUUUUUUUUUUUUUUUUUUUGUUACACGUUUAUGUUAAUCGUCACGUAUUCCUCGUAUAAUAUGUUUGUUCGCCUGUACUUCGUAAUAGUGUACACAAACCGUGAAUUUCAACAAACGGCGAAAUGUGAAAACUAUUCUAUAAUAACACAUGAAGGCGAACGAACGCCGAGAAUUACAAAUUUUAUUUUGUAUACUCGAUGAGAUAUUUCGGAUUUAAACAUUGGUCAUGUACACGCGUGCGAUGAUUAUUCGUAUUUGUCCCCUUGGGAGGGGAUCACGUCAACGUCGUCGUUUCUCUCCAUGUUCUCGUCCGAAACUAUGGAUGGAAUGGAAAUAAUUAUUUACGAGUCGUCCGUGCACGUAAUAUUAUAUUCAAACCAAUAAUCGAUCUAAGUCGAUAAACAUACCCGAAAUAAGUGAACUCUUCGAAAAAACGAAUUUAUUAUAAUUUAAUAACGACCGGUAGACAAGUCUGGAUUAUGAUGAGGUACGUUUUUGGUCUUCGAUUUACUAAUCGUUCGUAUAGACGUAAGGUAAUAGAGCUUCAAGGAAAAAUGUUCUGAUAGCAGAAAGAAGUCCGUGGGACCAAUGUUGUUAAAAAAAAAAGAUAGCGAGAGUACGAGUUUUAUGGUCUAUACCAGCGAGUCUUGUAAGUGACGAGGCAAAUAUUUUGAAAAUUACAAGAGGGAUGAGAGGGUUAUAAUUAUGUACACGAAAUAUGUAAACAACAUUUAUCUUAUAUUAUAUUAUUUGUAUUAUUUAAUAUGAUAUGUUAUUAUCAUUAAUUAUUUAGAAAAUUCAAAAAUAUUUUCUGAAACCGAUCAAUACACUAUAAUUUAUUUUGAACUAAAUUCAUUUCGAGAUUUUGAAAUCGCCUCUGAACUAUACUACACCCGUUAAUAGCGAGAGAGAGAAGAAUAACAACAUUAAUUAUUAACUAUUAUAUAUGGUUUUUUUCUGUAAAAUAAAAAUGAAGUUACAAGCAUUGUUAGAAAAAGAUAGUGUACGGAGGUUCUCAAUCUCUUAUAUUUUUACUCCCAUAGUCCAGUUUCUUCGAUGGUUAAAAUGGGAUGACAAAAAAUUUGGAAUUCUCUAAGCAGUGUUUUUGUAGUUAUCAGUAGGGUUAUAAGUCGGAAAUAUUCCUUUUAAAAUUUUCACGUUUUGCAUAUUUCAAUAAUGUACCUAUUGAAAAAUACAUGUAUUCUUUUUGUAAACAUAAGUUUUUUCUUGGUUUGAUUUUGUAUUAUAAUAUGUUUUAUAAAUUAUUCAUUAUUUAAUAAUAUCGUAGUAGUAGUAAUAGUAUCUGGUUCAUUUUAAAUAUUCUUUGUUCAAAUAAAUAAUUACUCAAUUAUAGAUAUAAAUUUCAAACAAACAAUUAAGUACUAUUUAAUGUCAAAAAUUAAAACUGAAUGAACUAUUUUCAUAUUGUUAAUUGUAAAUGUUUUCAAUUUGUUGUUGAUAAUUUUUUUUGUUUUAAGUUCAGGACUGUUCUGUGUCUGCCGCAGUUACUAUUUGAGUUUUACAUUUAAUUUAAUUAUUCAAUCGCUCAAUUGCCCACAUGUGUUAUAAAUAAGCUUAGGGACUUCUAGCUUUAAAUGAACAACCAAAAUCAAAAAAUAAAAUGCUCGUAAAUAAUAUACUAAAUAAUUGACAUAUAGCUAUUUUUUAAUUAUUAAUGGUUUUCGUAAAAACUUAAUGUUUUGAAACGUUUAUUAAUUUGAGAGUUAUUGAUUGAUCAAACACAAUGCUUUUGUUUGUCAACUAAAUGAGCUAUGCGUAUGAUUUUGAACAAUGUAAAUCGAAAAACGCGUGUUUAAAAUACAAUAAAAAAUAAACACAAUAUGCGUAUACGAUUUCCUUUUAAUAGUAUUCAAAAGCUAAAUACUGCGAUAAAUAUGCUUAAAAAAGCGAAGUCUGUAAAACACGCAAAUAAUAGCGGAAAAUAGAAUUCAGGAUUUAGAUUUCUUACACGGUGGAAACGUUGACGUAUGUUUAAUUCCUAUCGUUUGUUUUUGUCGUCUUUUUUAAAACUGAUAGUUACGCAAAUACGUCUAAAAGGCCGGCUCCCUAUAGGGAGCUUACUAUAGUAAGUUACGAACGUAUUAACGUCAAUAACGAUAUGGAAUCGUUAGUUAGGCAUUAUGUUUUAUUACGUGACGGAUUUUUUUUUUUUUUUUUCCUAUCGACAUUUUUAAAUACUUUUCGAUGUGCGAUCGCGCGCGCGACACACCGGUGUGUAAAAUACCCAAAAUUCUUAUCGGGGAAAUAAUUCACCAGUUAGUCAUCCGCGUCCCCCGUCCGUCAGUCAUGUGCGUACGCGCAAUAAUACUCGUAUAUUUAUUAACAUUUUUAGUGAACGUAACGUACGUGUGUAGAUAGAUAACGAGCGGUUCGGCCGAAUUUAUAAAAAGAUAAUAAACGAAACGUACCUAGCAAACAGGUUCUAAUACGGUAUUUAUACGAAGUGUGUGUGUGUGUGUGUGUGUGUGUGUUUUUUUUUCCGUUUUUAAGUAAUGCGCUCGUCCGAGUCGAGAAUACGCCGUGAGUCACACGGUCGUACAGCAGCGCGCGCAAAACGAACAAUUAUAAUAUCGCCCUGUAUAACACGAAUACGAACUAUAUAACAUUAUAUACCGAUAAAACGCGCGCGUCGUUUACAACGAUUUUCCGAUCGCGGUCAUUCAAACAUUGUUUUAUCGCCGCAGCAGUAUUGUUCAAUAGAAAUAUCACAGCGGUCGUAUAAAUAUAAUAAUUAUUAUUAUUAUUAUUGUUCGAAAACGGCGACGGCGAAUUCCGUUCAGUGUGUGUGUGUUAAUUAUUACCGAAUUUUUCGACUUUCUCGCGGCCGAAACAACAAUUACUGCUGCAAUCUCAUAAGUAAUUGAGAUGAUUGUAUAAAUAUUAAUAAAAUCAAUUAGUGUUUAAUGCCCGAACGGACGAUAUAACGUCGAUAAUUAUCGUAAUUUUUAUUUUUUCUAAUCUAAUUAACUCGCCGGACGCGCUUGAAAAAAAAAAAUCCAUACGGAUGUGUAUUAUAUUAUUAUUAUUAUUAUUUUUUUUUUUGCUUCGUUCGAAUCGAUUAAUUUUUAUUGUUCGCCCGAUAACGCGAAUCAAAUAUAUACGGGGUGGUAUAUUUUACCCGCGGAAAAUUGAUAAGGUCCAUAAUAGUAUUGCGUCAACAAUAAUAAUAUUUAAAAACAAAAAUGUAGACGUAAGAUUUUUGUCCGAUUAUAUUUUCCGUGCCCGGAAGACGAGCGAACGACGUGUGCAUUAUGAAUUGUUAUUGUUUUACCGAAUAUUUAGGUCGUUUAUUGUUGUACAUUGUUUUUUUUUUUCAUUCUUACGAAUAGAUAUUAAAAAAUAAAUGACGAAAUAGGUACCUAGUUAUUGGUUUAAUGAUUGAUUUUAAAACGUUGUUAUCGUCGUCGCUUUACCAUAAUAACAUAAUAAUAUGUUCCUUAAUCAGUCUGUGAUGGCGUCAGCGGUGGCAUCACUAAUGGCACCGUGAAAUAUUAAGGGGACGUCGUUUUUUCUGAGGUUACCGUGAACAUAAUUUACAUAAUUACAUCAAGAAAAAACUUUAAAUCGAAGAUUUUAGUGUCGGAAUCGGCCAUGUCGUGUAGUUCGAUAAUUUAAUUAUUGCGACUAUCGAAAGUCGCUUAAACCCAAAGCGCUAUUAUAGUAACCAAACUAUUAAAUCGAAAUAAUGGUAAACGUCGUAUUCGAGAUAACGUCGUUUAUGUUAAUUCAAGCACUCUUUAUUGGCAUUGAUUACAGAUGAUCACAUGAAAUAAUCAAAUCAAAUUUAAUUUAAUGAAAGAGACGGGGGAAAUAUCACUUGAAACGAAAAUAAAAUAUAUAUAAUACUAAAUGUUAUCAUCAUGACAUGAAUGAAAUGACAACCGACUCGGAAACAAAGUGAACGACAAAUUAACAUGCAGACGAAUAAAUGAACAUAAUAUUAUGGUUUAUGUUUGUUUUUAUUUCAUGAUAAAUAAUAUUUUAUUUUGAAUUAUUACCAAAACCCUAUAUUACAUAUUUAAUUGUUAUUAUGUAUGUAUCGUAGGUAUCUAGUUGUCGAAAAUCAUCGUGUUUAAUCAAACCAAAUAGAUACACUGUAAAUCAGUAGUUGGGCUGAGACUAAUUUUAGGGAAGGGUAGAUGGAAAAAAAUGCCGUGUUCUAUUUGUGUAAAUAAAUUCUAUACGUCGUGUAGUUUAAUACGCUUUAUUUACUCUUGUAUUAAAAUUAUUUUACUAUGGUAUAAUGUGAAUUUGUUCUGUGUCUGUGAACAACUUUUCUGUCGGAAAUCUUGCUUUUAAUCAAAAAUCCGAAAAAAAUAACUUUUUUCCCUCCUGUAAGAUUUUCGAUCUAUUUGGAAAAAAACUGGAGAAAGUUUACAGUAAUAACGGUUUCGUUAUUUUCGAUUUUGUUCUUUUGUUGUAAAACUUAAUAUUGGCUCUUUCUAAACGUAAACUUUUCAAAACAUUCAGGCGUUCGUUGAUAUCAUUCAUCUGUAGUUUUACCCGUGAUUGUAAUAUUAUUAAUUAUCGUUAAUUCCUGGAGGGUCGAUAAACUGAGGCGAUUGAUAAGUUAACACCAUAAGUAAAAAGCUGUAAAAUAAAACUAACACCUGACAUUAUAAAUCAAUCUUGGAGCUCUGUUAAGUUAAGGAUGGCCUAUCUUUGUAUCAGCUAUGAGUAUUAUCCAGUAGGUAACAAUUGAAAAGAUAAGUCCAAGAUCAGGAAAUUUAUUUUUUCGGUACCCCCCCCCAUCAAAUCCGCCACUAACAAAAAUUACAACACGCGCAACACUUGCGGCCAAAAUAUGAAGCUUAUAUGUCGUACCACAUAAACCAAGUUUCUGUACAUGAGUUACCUAUCCUAAACCAAAUACCAAUAUUGAUUAGAAGAAAAAUAUUACACAACAUUGUCAACUAACAAUCAUUAAUAAUGCUACUUGUAUACAUAAUUUAGGAUAGGCAACCACUAUGGUUUUCUGAAGCUAUAUCAAUGAGCAUUUUAUGAUUGAAUGUGUUGUUAUUUAUAUUUAGUCGAACCAUACGAGUUUAAUGUUCAAAAAUCGGUUGUUGGUAAAGUGGGAAAAAGGUACUAAAAUGUAUUCAUCAAUAAAUCACGUAAAACGAAUGUUGGAAAUUCAAAGCUAAAGAUUAAACACCUAUUUGAGUUAUUAAAAUGUAUAAUACAUUAUACUUUUAUAUUUUUUUUAAAAAAGAUAUUUUGAAUAUUGCAUAAAGCUUUAUAAAUUACAAGAACAUUUUUCUUAUUAUAUUUUAAUAAAAAAUUUUAAUUUGUGAGUUUUAAUUGCUAUUUUUGAAUUAAUAGGGAUUUGGAUUUAUAUUAUAAAUAUUAGAUUUACUUGUAUUUUUACAAGUAAAUUAACUAAAUUAACUACAUCACUAUUAACAAAUACAUUAAUUGUGUAUUAUUAACUUAUUUUUAUUUUGUUUUUUCAUAUUUGAUCUUCUCAUUUUGGAAAAUAAUAGUCACCUGGUCCAGCUCUAGUUGUUGUAAGUAUUUAUACAGUUCUCUGUAAAUUAUUUUUGUCUUAUAACGGGUAUAUAUUUAUGGGUAAAUUAUAAAUUUAAUUUGUGUAACAUACUAUAAAAGUAAAUUAAAAAAUGUUGUUUUUGAAGAAAAAAAAGAUUUCUGUUUACAUUAACAUGUACAUUAGUUAUGUACUUAAGAUUUAUUACCUAAUUACAAUAUUAUUAACAUAUUGCUUUACAAAAAUGUUUGCACGCUUUCCGGUCGGAUUGAUAAUGUAUUUAUUUAACUAGUGUAAUAAUAAUGUUAGUUUUGAGGUGAGUGAAAUAAUAUCUUCAAAUAAUUGAUUUUUAAAAACAUUGUUUAUUUAUUUUUAGGGAGAAUUAGAACAACAACUGUUGCAAGCUAAUCCCAUUUUAGAAGCAUUUGGUAAUGCGAAGACUGUGAAAAAUGACAAUUCUUCUAGAUUUGUAAGUUUUAAGUAAACAUUUAUAUAUAUAUAUAAAUAAAACUUUUAACAUUUGUUGUGGUGUCUCUAGGGUAAAUUUAUUCGUAUCAAUUUUGAUGCAUCUGGUUUCAUUGCUGGUGCUAAUAUUGAAACUUACUUAUUGGAAAAAUCAAGAGCUAUACGCCAAGCUAAAGACGAACGUACAUUCCACAUUUUCUAUCAAAUACUUUGUGGAGCAUCUGCGGAACAAAAAAGUAAAUUAAUGGUUUUUCAGAUAUUGAAAAAAAAAAAUCUAUUAAAUUUUAUGAAAGUUUAUUUAAAACUAAUAUUAAUUUCUUCUUCUUUUAUAUUAUGUUUUGUGUAGAGGAAUUUAUUCUCGAAGAUCCUAAAACUUAUAGUUUUCUUACAAAUGGAAAUCUCCCCGUACCCGGUGUGGAUGAUGCUGCAGAAUUCAAAGAAACUGUUAACGCUAUGAAUAUUAUGGGAAUGACUACAGAAGAUUAUUCUGGUUAGUUUAUUAUUUGUGUUUUUGUUAUUAAAAUGUUUCUUAUGUACACCUGAUAAAACUAUAUUAGUAUUUCUAUAUAUUUCUUUUAGCUAUUUUCCGUAUUGUAAGUGCUGUAAUGCUGUUUGGUAAUAUGCAAUUCAAACAAGAACGCAACAGUGAUCAGGCAACAUUACCUGAUAAUACAGUGGCACAAAAAGUUGCUCAUCUGUUGGGUCUGUCCAUCACCGAAAUGACUAAAGCCUUUCUUAGACCACGUAUCAAAGUAGGCCGAGACUACGUAUCUAAAGCCCAGACGAAAGAACAAGUGGAAUUCGCAGUGGAAGCCAUUUCUAAAGCAUGCUACGAGCGUAUGUUCCGUUGGCUUGUUAACCGAAUUAAUCGAUCAUUAGAUAGAUCGAAAAGACAAGGGGCUUCAUUUAUUGGAAUUUUAGAUAUGGCUGGAUUUGAAAUUUUUGAAGUAAUUUAUUAAUAUUUGUUUAUUUUGUUUUUUUCUAUUAUUUAAUAUCAAUUCAUUUUUUAUUAGUUGAACUCGUUUGAACAAUUGUGUAUAAAUUAUACCAAUGAGAAAUUGCAGCAACUUUUCAAUCAUACUAUGUUCAUUUUGGAACAAGAAGAAUAUCAAAGAGAAGGUAUUGAAUGGAAGUUCAUUGAUUUUGGAUUAGAUCUACAACCCACUAUUGAUUUAAUUGACAAAGUAUGGAUUCCAUAUUUCUAAUUGCGUUUAUUUAAUUUAAUUCAAUUGUUAACUUUUUGUUUGUUUUAUAGCCUAUGGGUGUAAUGGCAUUAUUGGAUGAAGAGUGUUGGUUCCCAAAAGCUACAGAUAAAUCGUUUGUUGAAAAAUUGAUGUCUGCCCAAAGUGUUCAUCCAAAAUUCCACAAAACAGAUUUUAGAGGAGUUGCUGAUUUCUCGAUAAUUCAUUAUGCUGGAAAAGUUGAUUAUUCUGCCCAUAAAUGGCUAAUGAAAAACAUGGAUCCAUUAAAUGAAAAUAUCGUUCAGCUUCUUCAAACAUCUCAAGAUCCCUUUGUCGGUCAUAUCUGGAAGGACGCUGAGAUUGUGGGUAUAGCUCAUCAAGCUUUAACUGACACUCAAUUUGGAGCACGUACAAGAAAAGGAAUGUUCCGCACAGUAUCACAAUUGUACAAAGAACAAUUGAACAAAUUAAUGAUCACCCUUAGGAACACAAAUCCUAACUUUGUGAGAUGUAUUAUCCCAAACCAUGAAAAAAGAGCCGGUAAAAUUGACGCUCAGCUUGUACUAGACCAGCUUCGCUGCAAUGGGGUGUUGGAAGGAAUUAGGAUUUGUAGACAAGGUUUCCCCAAUCGUAUUCCAUUCCAGGAGUUCAGACAGCGUUAUGAACUGCUCACUUCAAAUGCUAUACCCAAAGGUUUCAUGGACGGUAAAAAAGCUUGUGAAAAAAUGAUAAAUGCUCUUGAACUCGAUACCAAUCUAUAUCGUGUGGGUCAAUCAAAAAUAUUCUUCAGAGCCGGUGUACUUGCCCAUUUGGAAGAAGAAAGAGACUUUAAAAUUUCAGACUUGAUUGUUAACUUCCAAGUAUGUAUUUUUACAUGUUUUUACAUACAUACAUAAUAUCUAGUUUACUAUGUAUCGUUUGAUUUUAGGCUUUCUGCAGAGGAUAUUUGGCGAGAAGAAAUUAUCAAAAACGUUUACAACAAUUGAAUGCUAUUCGUAUUAUUCAGCGAAACUGUUCAGCAUACUUGAAAUUGAGGAACUGGCAAUGGUGGCGACUAUACACUAAAGUCAAACCGUUGUUAGAAGUCACUAAACAAGAGGAAGUACUGUCCAUUAAAGAAGAAGAAUUAAAGGUAGUCAAAGAAAAAUUGGAAUCUCAACACCGUGGUGUUGUUGAACUUGAGAAGAAGUAUGUAUUAUAUUCAUAUAGUUGAUCUCUGCCAAUUUUGAGGCACAAAUUAUUAAUCAUUGGUUAGGUUGGAUUAUCAAAAAAAUAUUUUCUAAAGUGUACUACAUUUUCAAUAUACUUAACCAAAGAAACAAUACAACUAUGCUAUAUUUAUAAAUUUGUUCAUCUCUAUAGAAAUAAAAUGAGGGAUAUUAAUAUAUAAUAUAUUGUAAAGGUUUCACUUCUAAUUUAAUAUUUUAUUUUGUUUAGAUAUCAAACAGCUGUUGAUGAGAAAAAUGCUUUGGCUGAACAACUACAGGCGGAAGUUGAACUGUGUGCUGAAGCUGAGGAAAUGAGAGCUAGACUUGCUGCCAGAAAAUUAGAGCUCGAAGAAAUACUGCACGAUUUAGAAGCUAGAAUUGAAGAAGAAGAAGAAAGGUCUAGUACAUUGGGUCAAGAGAAAAGGAAGUUACAAAUCAACAUAAAUGUUAGUACCAGACAAUAAAAAUUGUUUAAAAAAUUAUAAUAAUGUUAUCUUUAUAUUUGAUUUAUUUGUAUUAAUUAAAGGAUUUGGAAGAACAAUUGGAAGAAGAAGAAGCAGCACGACAGAAACUACAAUUGGAACGUGUGCAAACUGAUGCUAAACUAAAAAAAUUAGAAGAAGAUCUUGCACUUGCUGAAGAUACCAAUGUAAAAAUAGCUAAAGAAAAAAAGGUCUUGGAAGAAAGAGCUUCAGACUUGGCACAGACAUUAGCUGAAGAAGAAGAAAAAGCUAAACACUUAGCUAAGUUAAAAGCAAAACAUGAAACAUCUAUAGCUGAAUUGGAAGAAAGACUAUUAAAAGAUAAUCAACAGAGACAAGAGAUGGAUCGUACUAAACGUAAAGUCGAGACCGAAGUAAGCAAAUUAGUGUUUUAAUUUUAAAUUUUUUAAAACUUUAUAUGUAUCUAAAACAUUAACCAAUCAUGUUCAGGUAAAUGAUUUAAAAGAACAAUUAAAUGAAAAGAAAGCUCAAGUUGAAGACUUACAGUUGCAACUUGGUAAACGAGAAGAAGAAUUAACCCAAGCUUUUAUGAGAAUCGAUGAAGAAGCUGCCAGUAUGUUUAAAUUUUGUAUUUUCUGUUUCUGUUUUGUGUUAAUACAAUUUAUUAAUAUAUGAUUAAUAUUUACUAGGCAAAGCUCAAUCUCAAAAGGCUCUUAGAGAAUUGGAAUCACAACUUGGUGAACUCCAAGAGGAUCUGGAAGCUGAACGCUCGGCGAGAAGCAAAGCAGAAAAACAGAAACGUGACCUUAACGAAGAACUUGAAGCUUUAAAGCAUGAACUAUUGGAUUCUUUGGACAUUACAGCAGCACAACACGAACUUCGAGCUAAACGAGAGCAGGUAUACUAUUCUAAUAUAGUACCUUUCAUUUUUUAUCAGUUCACAUUCUUAACCAAUCCUAUGUAUUAAAAUAACCUUUAUGUAUGUUUGUAUAUAUGUAUAUGUUUAAAUAUUUUGGUUUCCCUAUUAGGAAUUGGCAACCUUAAAAAAAUCAUUAGAAGAAGAUACACAAUCUCACGAAAUCACCAUUACUGAAAUGCGGCACAAACACAGUCAAGAAAUAUCAGUCAUAAAUGAACAAAUAGAAUCCUUGAAAAAGGUAUAGAUUUAAACCAUACAUAUAAUUUCUCUUGUAUUUCUAUUUUUAUAAUAUUUCAAUUAUCAUUCCAUAGUCUAAAAGUUCAUUGGAAAAAACCAAACAAACUCUUGAAGCUGAAAAUGCAGACCUUGCUGCUGAAUUAAAAUCUUCUGCUUCUUCCAAAUCUGAAUUGGAGAGGAAACGUAAAAUUGCUGAAUCUCAACUUAGUGAGUACCCAGAAACUGUUAAUUUAUAUUCGUACUAAAUAAUUGUUUUGUGUUUUUUCUUUUUAGGUGAGACACAGAGUAAACUCUCGGAAUCAGAAAGAUCUAAAAAUGAAUUGCUCGAUAGACUUUCCAAACUCAGUAAUGAGUCUGAAUCCAUUGUUAAUCAAUUGGAAGCGGCAGAACUCAAAGCUUCCACUGCAGAAAAAUCAGCUGGUACAAUGGAAACUCAAUUGCAAGAAACACAGGUACAUUUUAAAAAAUAAUUUAAUGUUUUUUUUUAUACGGAAACAUUUAAAUGUAACAAUCUCAUGGGAAACAAAAAAAUGAUUUAUAUAAUUCUCUAAUAUUAUUCUUUUAUAAAAUUCUUUAUUAAAAUUAUAUAUAUAUUUUUUAAUUUGAUUAUUUGCAUGUUUGUAAGAUUAAAUUGUAUACAUUGACAUAUUAUGUUCAUGUAUAUACAAGUAAUCCAUUUAAAAAUACAAAUUUUGUUAACUUCUUCAUUAAUACAUACUCUCAUUCAGUUUCUAUUGCUGAAGAGAUUAUUUGAUCUACUUGCUUAAUUUUAUUUUCAAGUUUUUUAAUAUGGAUGAAAGAUAACUAGUCAGAAGACAGAAUUUUUUUAAUACAUUUAGUGACUUCAUUAAAAAUAAAAAAUUUAUCUCAAAAACUUUUACUAACAUGUUUACAUUUUGAUAUUUGUUUUUAAUAGGUUUGUUAUCAACUAAUUUAAUUGAAAAGUCAGAUUUAUUUAUUAUAUAUAGAUAAUAAUUUUACUCAUUAGCGUCGACAUUUGUAUACAUUUGCUUAUUUGUAUUUUUGGUCAAAAAAUUUACUAGAUUAUACCAAAAUUUGUUACAUGACCUAACAAUUCUCUAAAGCACAUUUUAUUUUGCACAUUUCAAAGAUUUUGUACAGUUUGAGCAUAUUUAAGAUUUCAUAUAUUUUUGAGACAUUUUCAACUCAACAAAUAAAAAAUCACAUAAUUAUUUUUCAAGAUUUAUAAAUAUUAGAAUUCAGCUGAUAAUAUAUAAGGUAUCCGUGUUUCCGUGUUUUGGAUAAAAUAUGAAUUAGUUUUACUCUUAUAAGUUGUUAUUGAAUACUUUAAUAGAUUAAGUUACAAUAACUAAUCAUAUAACAAUAUCACACAAUAUUCUUGGAUGCAUUGAGUAAGCAAGAAAAUGUUUUAUCAUUAAAAUGUAUUGUUUCGUUUGUAUUAUAAAAUAAAAUAUUUUUGUUUGAUUUUUAGACAAGAAAAAUUUAAAUAUCGAAUUCCACAUCUUUUUUUUUUUUUCAUCAACCAUUUAAAACAUUUGCAGUUAAAUAAUAUAAAAUAUAAACAUUUAAUAAAUAAUAAAAUAAUAAAAAAAUUUUUUUUUUUUUUUUGAAAAUAUUUUCAGAACAUUUUGUUAAUUUUUAUAGGGCAUAGGUCCUACUUAUAAUUAACAAUAAAGGUCUAUAUGGUUUCAAAAAUAUUUUAUUAGAAAGAAGUUUUUGUUACAUGAAAUUUUAAUGUGUAUGUAUUGUAUACAUAUUUAAAGUAAUAAUUCUUUUUUUUUUUUUUCAAUAGGCUCUCCUUGAAGAAGAAACCAAACUGAAAUUAUCAUUGAACUCAAAAUUGAAGCAAAUCGAAAGUGAAAAGGAAGUUUUGCAAGAACAAUUGGAAGAAGAGGAAGAGUCCAAGAAAAACAUGGAAAAACAAAUAGUCGCUCUUAAUUUACAAAUCACUGAAUGCCGAAAAAAAAUGGAAGAAGAAGCUGAACAAACUGCUGCUAUAGAAUCUUCUUAUAAAAAGAUCAUCAAGGUAAGUCAUAAAUCCUAUCUCCAAAUUUCACUUUUUGAUCUUCAUAUUUUAUAAAUAUUUUUCUGGACCUAAUGGUAUACCGAGUGACUUCCUUUUCAAUUUAUGACAUACGUUAUAGUAGUUACUUGGGUUAUUAUUUAGUAAAUCAUUAGAUAAAGGUAUUUUUCUGUCUUUAUUUUCAUUAUUAAAAGUCAUCUAAAGUGGUAAACUAUUCUCCUCCUUUUGCCGAUCAAUUACAUGUAAUAAAAAUAUUUGAAAUAUAAGUUUGACCAAAGAACUUACAGUCAUUAGUGAAUUCAUCUCUGAUAAAAGAUUACCAUGUGUUUUGUGCCUUGUAAUUUUGUGUUCGAUUUUUUCUUUUGAAUCAUUAAAAUUGUUCAAUAUUCUCAAGUUGACACUAUUUACAUUGAUUUUAUUAAGACCUUCAAUCAGGUAAAUCUUGAAAUCCUUAUUAGGAUCAUAUUUGACUCUAGUUUUGGUGAAUCUAUUCUUUCUUAGUUCUAAUCCUAUUGUAUAAAUGCUAUAAUAUUUCAAUCCAUAGUAAUUAGUAUUUAAUUGACUAUAUAUUGUUUAUUUAGGAUGUGGAAGUUUUACAACGCCAAAUAGAAGAAUUACAGGCAACUAAUGAUAAAUUAGAGAAAUCUAAAAAGAAACUUCAAUCAGAAUUAGAUGAUAUUAAUAUUGAUUUAGAAGCUCAACGAGCCAAGGUUAUUGAGCUCGAGAAAAAACAGAGAAUAUUUGACAAAACUCUGGCAGAAGAAAAGGUAAAACAGUACAAAAAUAAUAAUAGUUAUCAUUAUAUUUAGUUUGAUUGCACGAUACAAAUAAAAUUAAAAUUAAAACUUUAUUUAUUGUAAAUAUUUUUAACAGGCGGUUUCUGAGCAAAUGGUAAUUGAACGUGACACUGCUGAACGUGAAGCCCGAGAAAAGGAAACACGUGUGCUUUCAUUGACCAGAGAACUUGAUGAGCUGAUGGUAAAAGUUGAAGAAUUAGAAAGAGGAAAGAGAACUCUUCAAAAUGAGUUGGAUGAACUAAUUAACAGUCAAGGAACAGCAGAUAAAAAUGUUUGUUCUCAACUUUAAUUGAUAAAUUGACAAGCAUAAUAUGUAAUAAAUUUUUGUUCAGGUACAUGAGUUGGAAAAAGCAAAGAGAAUAUUGGAGUCACAGUUAGCCGAAAUCCGCAUACAGAAUGAAGAUUUAGAAGAUGAACUUCAAAUUACUGAAGAUGCUAAAUUAAGACUUGAAGUUAACAUGCAAGCAUUGAGAGCUCAAUUUGAACGCGAUCUUGUUGUAAGCCUACUAUUAUAAUGUUAACACUAUAAUUUAUCCUGUUUAUUAAAAUAUAUUAAUUUCACUAAUUCUUCUAUGUGUGUUAACUUUUAUUAGGCUAAAGAAGAACAGAGCGAAGAAAAACGCCGAGGGCUUGUGAAACAAAUUCGUGACAUUGAGGCCGAACUAGAAGAUGAACGCAAACAGAGGUCCACCGCAAUGUCUGGUCGUAAGAAGAUUGAGGCUGAUUACAAAGAUUUAGAACAGCAAUUAGACAUGCACAACAAAUUGAAAGAAGAUGCUCUAAAACAACUGAAAAAACUACAAAUUCAGUUGAAGGAUGCGACACGUGACGCUGAAGAAGCAAGGGCUUCUAGAGAUGAGCUUUCAGCUAAUUCUAAAGAAACUGAACGUAAAUUGAAAUCAGUUGAAGCUGAAUUGUUAUUGUUAACUGAAGAAUUAUCUGCAUCUGAAAGAGCUAGACGUGUAGCAGAAAGUGAACGUGAUGAUCUCCUUGAAGAAAUGAAUAGUAACUCCAACAAAGGGUUUGUAUUUACUUUCACUUUAUAAUAUAAGUUUGAGGUUUUUUUUAUUUGUAGUUUUAUUUUGUUAGCAGUACAUUAAUGGUUGAUGAAAAACGCCGCCUGGAAGCAAGAAUUGCUACAUUAGAAGAAGAACUUGAAGAAGAACAAACUGCUUUGGAAACAUCAAAUGAACGUAGUAGAAAAGCAAUAAUACAAAUUGAGCAAUUAAAUUCUGGUAAAUAUAACUUUUUUUUAUACAUGUUUACAAUUUUAUUUAUUUAUUUAUUUAAAAUGUUAGACUUGGCCAAUGAACGAUCGUCAUCUCAAAAAUUGGAGACAAACAGAAUGUUAUUAGACAGGCAAAAUAAAGAACUGAAAGCCAAACUGGCAGAAAUUGAAACUACUCAACGAGUGAAAACCAAAGCUGCCAUUGCAAACUUGGAAUCUAAACUUGAGAAUGCAAAUGAACAAUUGGAAGCUGAAGUCAAGUAUGUGUACAAAAAAAUAUGUAAUGAGUAAAGCUAUAAAGAUUUUUUUUUUUUUAUUAUUUUAUGUUUUUCAUCUUUAUUUUUAAUUAGGGACAGACAAUUGCAACAAAAGGCCAAUCGCAAAUUGGAAAAAAAGAUGAAAGAAAUCUUAAUGCAAUUAGAAGAUGAAAGAAGAACAAAUGACCAAUAUAAAGAACAAGUAGAAAAGGUAUACAUUUAGAAAUUAAAUAGAAAAUUAUGUUUAUUUAAUAAUUUUGGAUUUUUCUUUUUUAGCUUAACGCGAGAGUUAAAACAUUUAAAAGGCAAAUUGAAGACGCAGAAGAAGAAAUCAGCCGAGAGAAACAACAGAAACGAAAAAUUCAACGUGAUCUCGAUGAACUUUUGGAAUCAAAUGAAUCAAUAUCCAGGGAGAACAAUAAUUUGAGAAGCAAACUUAGGUAAAUUGCAUAUUAAUAAUUUUAGUAGUAAAAUCAUAAGCUAUAACUGCUGCUGUUUUCUUUGUUCAGAAGAACUGGAGUAACCACGUCUUCCAGAAUGGGUUCGUCUGGUAGUAAACGAGGCUCAACAAUUGAUGAUUUAACGGUACAUGGAAAUUUAGAUGACUCGCUUGAGUCAAAUAAUGGAUCAAACGAUACAAAUUCUUUGGGUGAGACUAUAACAACAACAAUAGUUAAAAGUUAAAUUUUUAUAUAUAUUUUGUAUUCUUCUUUAUCUUUCUAUCCUUCUCAUGGUCAAGUCGAUGGUGUAAAUUAAUAUUCCAAUAUUUAGGUGCCGAAGACAUGUGGUCUCGUUAAAUUUUCAAGAUUAUUACUUUUCAAUCAAAAACUAAAUAAAUAAUGGUAUGUAGGGAAUGCACUUGAAAAAUCCUCUUUAUUUCCAACCCCACUAAUUUCUUCUUAGCAUUAAAAAACUGCCUAAAUUAUUAAAUGUUGCAAUUGUGAUAUUUUUUUUUUAAUAUCACUGUUUACAAAUUUUCAUCAUAUACAAAAAAAAAAAAACCCAGUUUAUUCCUGCAUGGGAAAAUAUAUGUAUAUAGUAGACUCUCAAUAAUUCGAAACUUUCGGUUAUUAAAAGUAAAUGCUUGUUCUCUUGAAAAUCUUUUGGUAAUUCGAAUAAAAAAAUUAAUUUACACUUGGUAAUUUAAAAUUAAAUUUUGAGAAAACUGGUCAUUAACACGUGAAUAUUCGAAGUUUCAUCCGUUCAAUGCUCAGCAAUUCAAAGUAUAUUCACCAAAUGUAUUUCUUAUAAUUUUUUUGUUAUUUUAUUAAUAAUUUCGAUAGUUAUAGAAUUGUUAUCGUAUAAAUACUUUAUUGUAAGCAUUUUAUUUCUUAAUCGUCUCUCUUAUCAUAUUUUAACUCUUCGAAAGCUGGUAUACCGCCUAAUUUGCUGAAAUAUUUAAUAAUUAUAAUAAAAAUAUUAAAAAACAUUUUCAAAACUCAGUAAUUUGUAAUUUUUCAUAAGUCCCCCUAAUUACGAAUUAUUGAGAGCCAACUGUAUUUAUAUAUAUAUAUCAUCAGUAUAAAUCGCAAAGGUUGUAACUCCAAAUUUUCUAGAUGAAGAAAAACGUUUCUAAUUUAACAUAGGUUCAACUCUGAAAAUUUCUUUUAUCAAUUUUGUGGAAUAAUUACAAGAUUAGUGCUAUGACUUUGUCUAACAAUAUGGUUUUUUUUUUUGUAGUUUAAUUGUAAUAAAUAACAAAAUCAUAAAAAAAUUGGAGUUACAGCCUUUACAAUUUAGACCGACGAUAUGGAAAUUAAUUCUUAUUCUUAUUAUAUUAUAUUUAAAGCAGCAGCUACAUUGAAAAUACAUUUUGGUUAUGUUUAAUAAUUGCAUAAUUUUACAAUCUAUAAUGGAACUCAGAGAGGUUGAUUAAUUAGUAAAAUAAUUGUCACUAAACAAUAUUACACCCCAUAUUUUUAUUUUAUUAUGUACAAUUUAUUUUAUUUGUAUAAAACAAUAAUUAUUUGGAAAGUAGCUGCUGAUUUGUAUUUUAAAACAAAAGUAACCCUGAAAAAAUUAAAUAUAUAUAUAUAAUAAUUUAAACUAUUUAAAUAUUAUUGAAUCUUUCAGAAAUAAUUACCUUUAACCUUUGUAGUUUCUAAUUUCUAUUUAAUAAUAAAUAAUUAUUAUUAUCUAGUCUAACAAUAUGGUAUUUGGUUAAAUGAUUAAUCUUAAUAAUUAAAAAAAAAUAUCGACUAUUCUAAUAAUUUGUAUUAUUGUUCAGAAACAAUAAUGUAUAUUGUUAAUUUCAGCUGGUUUAAGUAUACCACUCAUUAAGUAGCGAUAUUAUAAACACAAUACAUUAUUUUUGGUUAGCAUGUACAACUUAUCCUGCGUUAGUCGUGUUAUGGUAGUAACAAUUACUAUGAAAUUAAUCACAUUUAUAUUAUUUGUAACCUCAGAUAAUUUACUUCACCAUGGAAUUCUAAUUUUUUAAUCUUUUUUUAUGGGUAUUAUUAUCUAUCUAAUAUUUGUUGUCUGUAUAAUUUCUAUAAUACAAUUUCAUUUAUGAGUUGGUCUUAAAUUUAAAUAAAACUUGUACAUUCUUGGUUUUUUUUUGUUUAUUUAGUACUAUCCAUUUGAUGUAAAAUUAAAAUAUAAAUAUAUAUAUAAGUUGCAAAAAUUGAUUUAUCUAAACAUGUUUUUACUUGAAAAUUAUUAUGUGGUCGAAAAAAAUUACUCAGAACUAAUGCCCAAUUUACACAAGGUUAGUUUUUGAAUAUUGGAUAUCAGCCUAACAACUAAAGACAGUCUAAAUGAAUAUGAAGAAGUUCUAUUUUUCGAGCUAGUAGUUUAAAAAUUAGCCGCGUGUAGAUCGGGCAUAGCAACGUAAAAAACACUAGCGUGACUAACGCUCGGAUAAUCAAUAUUAAUAAUAUUAAUAAUAAUAAAGUAUUUAGCAUCAACAUUUGUUUAGGAUAUUAUAAUUGAGUCUGUUUAGUCAACCAAUACUAAUGUCAUAUUAUUAUCAUUUUUCAGGUCCAUGACAAAAAAAAUAAAUAAAACCGCAAUUGUAAAGAGUUGUGUGAUAAAUAUGGCUCAAAAAAAAAAUGAACCGAAUUUUUUAUUAUUAACCUAAAAACUCAGGGGAAAUGAAUUACUACUUUUGUAUUUAUUUACUGCUUGAUAAAAAUUUGAUGAUCCAUUACUAUUACGAAUAUUGUGCUUAUUAUACUUAACCUGACCGCAUUCAAAAUAUACCAUAAACGUAAAAUAUUAUUUUUUUUAAAACAAAAACUUUUUAUAAUAAUAAUUUUGAAAAAAAAUAUGGUUAUUAUUUAUUAUUUAUUUAUAAUUAUUAUAUUAUUCAAUGUAAUUUUUUUUUUUUUUAGUUUUGUGUUUGUACAAAAAUAAUUAUUUCUUAUCUAACAACAAUUAU